AUAAAAACAGUAUGCUGGAGACCGUCAACUGAUGUAUUGUGUGUGACUGUUGUCAUGAAAUGCUCUAAGCGUCAAUAAAGACUUUCGUGAUGCUAAGGUAAAUGCAAGUCGACUAUUCCAGAGCUGAUGUACCCAGGUAAGUGAGAGAUGUUUUUUUUUAACCCUUUCUGCACCGUAUGGGGGGAACUGGGCACUAUAGGAAGCUACAGUGCCAGCAAAACGAGUUUGUUUUCCUGGCGCUAUAGUUUCCCCUUGAACACACACAGGAGGUUCCUACAAGUUCUAGCAAGCUAUUAACAGAGCAGGAGAUAAGAAAUUCUAAAUUAAACUGAAUUUGCAAUAAAGGAAGUGUAAACAUUACAUGAUUCUUUACAGGAAGUGUUUAGGAAGGCUGUGUAAGUCAAAUGCAGUGAGGUGUGACUAGUGCUGCAUAAACAAAGUGAUUUAACUUCUAAAUGGCAGAAAAUUGAGCAGUGAGACGUCAGGGGCAUGAUCUAUACACCAAAACUGUUGCAUAAAGCUAAAUAAAUAAAUAAAUAAAUAAAACAAUGGUUAUUUUUGAAAACCCCAAAUGUACAUGUACCAAGACACAGUCUAGGUGUGCCAAAGCUGACCUACAAUAUAUGUGCAGUAGGGUAAAUAUCAGUUUUUUUUAGUAAAUGUCAGCAUUAAAUUGGUAUUCUUAUAAGGAAAUUAAUUAAAACCAUGGAGAUGGAGGGAUUACUACAUCUAUGACUAAUGGCAGUAUGGGCAUAGAAGGUGGCAGUAAGUGGAAAAGGUGGCAUCAGGUGGAGAUGCCAUUAUGUAGGAUGGGGUGUAUAUGAAUGAGAUAAGUACUUGGCAUACAGACUGGCAGUGCCCAUGUGAUGGUGUGUUGGAUGUGAAUAGUACUUGGCAUACAGACUGGCAGUGCCAUGUGAUGGGUGUGAAUGAAUGGGAAUAGUACUAGGCAUACAGACUGGCAGUGCCCAUGUAAUGGGUAUUAAUGUAUGAGUUGAGUACUUGUCAUACAGACUAGCAGUGCCUAUGUAAUGGGUAUUAAUGUAUGAGUUGAGUACUUGUCAUACAGACUGGCAGUGCCCAUGUGAUGGAUGUGAAUUAAUGUGAAUAAUACUUGUCAUAUAGACUGGAAGUGCCAUGUGAUGGGUGUGAAUGAAUGGGAAUAGUACUAGGCAUACAGACUGGCAGUGCCCAUGUAAUGGGUAUUAAUGUAUGAGUUCAGUACUUGUCAUACAGACUGGCAGUGCCUAUGUAAUGGGUAUUAAUGUAUGAGUUGAGUACUUGUCAUACAGACUGGCAGUGCCCAUGUGAUGGAUGUGAAUUAAUGUGAAUAAUACUUGUCAUACAGACUGGCAGUGCCAUGUGAUGGGUGUAAAUGUAUGAAAAUAGUAAUUUGCAUACAGACAGGCAGUGCCUAUGUGAUGGGUGUGAAUGUAUGAAAAUAGUAAUUUGCAUACAUACUGGCAGUGCCCAUGUGAUGGGUGUGAAUGAAUGAGAAUAAUACUUGGCAUACAGACUGGCAGUGCCAUGUGACGGGUGUGAAUUAAUGUGAAUAAUACUUGUCAUACAGACUGGCAGUGACAUGUGAUGGGUGUGACUGUAUGAAAAUAGUAACUUUCAUACAGACUGGCAGUGCCCAUGUGAUGGGUGUGAAUGUAUGAAAAUAGUAAUUUGCAUAUAUACUGGCAGGGCCCAUGUGAUUGGUGUGAAUGAAUGAGAAUAAUACUUGGCAUACAGACUGGCAGUGCCCAUGUGAUGGGUGUGAAUGAAUGAGAAUAAUACUUGGCAUACAGACUGGCAGUGCCAUGUGACGGGUGUGAUGAUUGCAGACUGGUAUUUACAUGGAUGGAUACACUGUGCCAGCCUGGGUGUGGGCUCUGAUGCCAUGCUGAGUGUGGAGUACUGGGCUAUGGGCAUGGGAGGGCAGCAGGGCGGUCCCAGCCAUGUGCUGCCACAUACCGGGGAGGGCUUGCUGGUCUCCCCCCUCCCAGCCCGGGGAGGUCUCCCUGCUGCCCUCCUCCCUCUCCCAGACCCACUCCGGGCACACUGACCAUGGCUGCCCCGGGCAGGGCUCAGCGGAGCGGGCUGCUGGAGCUGCGGGGGUCCGGGGAACGCUGGCUCAGAGUGCUGGUCCUGCUGGGGGAGGAAACUCUCAGCUUCACCCCGGAGCCGGAGCCAGGGGCACCCGAGGAGAAAGCAGUGAAUGGCGGGGACUCAGAGGGGAGCGUCCCGGAGGCUAUCAUCAACCAGAGGAGGACAAUCCGGGUGGUCAAACAGGAGGCAGGGGGCCUGGGGGUCAGCAUCAAGGGUAAGGUGUCAAUAAUACUGCCCUGUGCCUAUACUGUAUAUAGACUGUGUAACUCUGCACUACUAUAUGUGUGUGUUUAUAUACUGUGUGUUAUUAUUAUACAUCUAUGUAACUCAGCACUACUAUAUGUGUGUGUUUAUAUACUGUGUGUUAUUAUAAUACAUCUAUGUAACUCAGCACUACUAUAUGUGUGUGUUUAUAUACUGUGUGUUAUUAUUAUACAUCUAUGUAACUCAGCACUACUAUAUGUGUGUGUUUAUAUACUGUGUGGUAUUAUUAUACAUCUAUGUAACUCAGUACUACAUCUGUGUGUUUAUAUACUGUGUGUUAUUAUAAUACAUCUAUGUAACUCAGCACUACUAUAUGUGUGUGAGUGUGGGUGUUUGUGUGUGUAUAUACUGUGUGAGAUUGUAAGAUAAUACAUCUAUGUAACUCAGUGCUAAUAUAUGUGUGUGUGUAUACUGUGUGACAUUGUGAUAAAUCCUUAAUUACUAUCCUAUGUUGUGUGUGUGUGUGUGUGUGUGUAAGUGUGCAUGUGCGUGUGUGUUUGCAUGUAGGUGUGUUGCAGGUACAGGUAGUUAUCAAAUAUCACAAACUAUAUAUACAGUGUGUGGUGUAUAUAUACACACCCACUUAUAUACCUAUACAUACACAUACACACACAGUAUAUAUAAAUUGUAAAUUUGAUAACUACCUGCAACUCAUUACUUUAUACAUACAUUACAUGCUGUGUGAUAUUUGAUAACGCAAUGGGACUCAUGAAUCUCUGUGUCUAUAUGCAGAUAUCUAUUGUGAUAGCUAUCUGACCCCUCACUAUUUCCAGACCUUUACAUUUAUACAAUAUUUUACAAGCAAAGGUUACAGGUGAAAGGUUAAUAGACUUAAUCUUUUAUACAUUUCUCUUCAUAGGGCCAUGUUGCAUGAAUGAGGCUAGCUAUGUCUAUAUAAAUUAUGGAAGACAUGCAUAUUUUUAGAAAAUGUGUUUGUUAUAUGCAAUCUAAAGGCGUUAUGUAUGUUAAAUGUGACCGGGAAUACACUGGGAUCAUAAUAUAUUGAUUAUAUUACUGAUAUAUAUAUAUAUGUAUAGAGAAAUAUAAAAACACACGUCAUGUACCACUGAACGCAAACCACUAAAGCAUAUACUACCAUGUACACACAUAUUGUAAUGUACACGCAAUGUUUGACACAUAUGCAGGUGUGCACACAGACACUAUGAUGUAAGAGAGACACAUUUACACCUACGCUGAUACAACUGAUAAACCCAACCAAACACAUCCACUGAUACAUGACGAAACAAACUUUCUAUACAUGUAUUUAUACAUAUAAACAUUUAUGCAGAACACAGACUGAUACAAAUAUAAAUGUAAAAAAAAAAAUUCUUCUCAUAUUCUGACACACAGAUACACUGAUGCUUCAUAUUGCAAACUCUAGACAGAGAGAUGGACUUCUUACACCAUCUGCCUGUUUCAACGUAUCACAGAUGUGCAUAUUUCGUCCUGUGUAUAGUGCGUGGAACAUAAUGGCAGUGUAUAAAAAAAAAAAUCACAUGAUAAACAGAUGCUUACUUAUACUUAUAAAUACACACAUAUAAUUACAUGAGGACUUGAUGGCAAACUAAAGUUGCACGCAAAAUACGUAUAUGUAUAGCGUGGAUAGCUGAACAUAUUGAAUCUAUAAUCAGUAACACAACAUUCCUGUACAAUGACACAAGUGUACUUUGCAGUUAGAAUCACAAAGUUGCUAUCUUAUCAGGCAGCACUGAUCCCACUGGGAAGAGUUUUGGGAGAUUUUUGCCCCUUAGUGGAAUCUGGUGCUUUUUUUGUUUGUUUGCUUAUUGUGAGCUAAAAACUCAGUGAGCUUUCUUUGAUUGACAUUGUCGUCUGUCUUUGUGACAACUUUCAUACCGCAACUCUGUAGGUGACAAGGCCAGGGCCUCAGUGGUCUGAGAGGGACAGUUAGACUAGCAGCAAGUAUAAAUCAUUAUCACUACAGAUACAAUGGCUCAAAAAGGAGAGUCUGUGGAGCUAGGACAGACAGUGACACAGUUGGUGGUAGUUACUGUGACAAGUGACAGAUACUUCAAGCACAGGACAUGCAGCACAGGCCACAGAUAGGACACUGAAUUUCCCUGUGAAAGUGAGCCUACUAUGGGCCAUGAAAAUAGAUUCACUCUCCCAUUGCCAGGGAAUGUCCCUCUCUGUGAUAUUGGGUAACCUGGGAGGUGUGGCAUUUGGGCAUCUAAAACUGGUCUCUCAAGUCUCCAAAACACACCCUCCCUCUCAGUGUCUUCCCCUCCUCCCCCUCUAGCACAAGGGAGUAUGCAACAUUUAAGGGCACCCUGAAAAUAGGGCAUUUGGGAUAUUGUUCUCUGAAUUUGUUUGUUUUGAAACUCAAAGCUAAUUUGUAAAGUUCGGUUAACCCUUUAAUUGAAUGUGUGCACAAUGUUGAGCUGCAUGUUUCCAGGGGCCCAGUUACAGUGACCUUUUAACUCCUUUUAGGCCUUAGAGGCCUACACACUCAAAAGACGGUGAAUAUAGUUAAUUUGCUACUUUAUUAAUCUUUGUCUUGUUUUUUUUUAUUCGUUUUGUUAUGGUUGGAGGUAACUGCUUACAGCCCCUCACAUUCCUCUGAUUUAAUGUUAUAUCAUUAGUAUGCGCCACAGAAAAUAGGCACUAUAGCAUCCAAGGUCAUUCAGAAAUUAAACACCAGCAUUGUAUCAAAGAAUUUUAGCACAUUUUAACCUUAGGUAUGGCUGCAUCACUGUCUUUGAAUUUGACUGUACGUAUUUCUACUUUGGAAUUCUUUAAGAAAGAGAAUUUAUGCCAGAAAUACCAUUGUUAGAUUUGUCCAUACUGCGCUCAGCUGCAUUUUGUCAUUGAAUGUGUAAUCCCAAAAUAGUACAAGCUUGUAUGUCAAAUUUAGCUGGGACCUGUUGCUGUCCUUCUAAAUGGGUCAGUCCCUCCUGAGACCGAAGCCUUUUUAUUUCCUAACCAUUGAGUGACAGUGAGUCAACAAACAACUUGCAAAAUUUUGUCAAAAUAGUCAAGAUGGAAAAUUAAAAAAAAAAGACAUCAGCGGGCUUGUACAUUUUUCCUUAAUAGAUCUUUUCAAGAGAGCUGUCAUCUUACAGUACUGCAUAGUAAUUAAACCCCAAAGUAUAUUAAAACAUUUCCAAAGAUUUGUAUUUGCACACUUAACCCCUUAAUGACCGAAACUUUUUUUAAGAUUUGGUGCAUUUGUGACUGAUGCUGUUUUGGUACUUUUGCUAUGCGUUUGUUCCGCUGUAAUUUUCCACUUUCUUAUUAAAGGGUUACUACAACCAAAAAGCAGUGUUUUAAGAAAAUACGGGUUCUGGUUGGAGAAACCUUUCCUAGCCAGGACCACCCACCAAAAAAAUAAAAAUUGCUAAAACUCACCUUACCUCCUCUUUCGAGCAGGGUCCUCAUCAGCCUGUUGUUCCUGUAACAUUUUGUAAUUGAGACAUUGUUAAAUUGUAAAGCGCUGCCGAAUAAGUUGGCGCCACAUAAAUGCCGAUACUUUCCAGUGCCGAGGCCAAGUACCACAGGAGGAAGGAUCUUCCUCUAGUAAUAUCACUCUCGCUUGCUAAAGAGAGCAGAAAAUCAGAGAGGAGAGGGAGAGGCAGAGGGGAGGACAUGGGUGGCACAAUGGGGGGGGGGGGCCUGUGCCGUCAUUGGUUUUAUGGCACUAGCAUGCUGUGCAUGCUGGUGUCAGAAGCUGGAUUUGCACUGCUGGCUGCUCAUUUUCUUAAACUUAAUAUCUCCAAAACAGAACUCAUCUAUCCUCCCUCAAGCGUUGCUACUUCUGUGUCUGUCUCCCUACCAUUAGCCCUACUUCACAGGAUCGCUGCCUAGGUUUUCUCUUUGACUCCGACCUCUCUUUCACCAAUCAUGUCCAGUCACUCGCCAAAUCCUGCCACUGCUAUCUCAAAAACAUAGCUCAUACUUGCUCCUAUCUAACACUGGGUUCGGCCAAGGUGCUGGUUCAUGUCGCUAUCAUCUCUUGCCUUGAUUCCUGCCAUCUGUGCCUCAGUGGUCUUACGCAUUCCCAGCCGGCCCCGCUACAUUCUGUAAUGAAUACUGUGGCAAGGCUAAUCUUUCUGUCUGCCCGCACCUUCCAUGCCUCCCAUCUCUGUCAGUCCUUACAAUGGCUUUCUGUAGGAUUUAGGGCUCAAUUUAAAAUUCUGGUGCAUACUUAUAAAUGUCUACUUAACGCUGCUCCUACCUGUCCUCACUAAUAUGCCACUAUGUCCCAUCCAGGCAACUGCGCUCUGACGAAAUCAGUGUCUGUCCUCUGUUCAUACUUGCACCUCUGAGGCAUGCCUUCAAGACUUCUCUAGGGCUGCGCAGUUCCUAUGGAACCUCCUGCCCUGCUCUGUUAGACUCUCACCCAGUGUUAAUUCCUACAAAAGAUCAUUAUAAAACCUCACUUUUCAGGAAAACAUAUCAGUUAAACUGUUAAUAGCUUUCCCUUCCCGCGCCUUGGCAACUCAUACUGCUUCCUUUUCUGCAAUUUCGUCAUCCAAUAAACUAACCCUUUACUAAAAAAUAUUCGAGUAACCUACUUUUUCUGUAUAUUAAAUACAUCCUACCCUUGUGCCACUUUACUCCACUCCCUCUAGAAUGUAAGUUCAUUUUAGCAAGGCACUUAACACCCUCUGUUCCUAUCCAUCCAACUCAUCUUGUUGCAAAUACAUGUCUGUUAGUCCACCUAUUGUACAGCACUGAGGAAUUUGUUGGCGCUUUAUAAAUAAUAAUAGUGUCUUGCGUCAUCAGAAGGGGUGAAGCAUCUUCUGUGGAGAGUACCACAGGAGGAAGGAUUUCCCAAUUUAGUGAGUUAAUCUCCUAAGGAUAGGACCUGCUAAAAAUGGGGUACAUUGGCGUUGUGGCGGGCUUAUGCGACGUGUGAACAUUUUUCCCGUAACUACAUUCCCAUUAUUUUUGCCUGUCAGCUGUUUUUAAAAAUACUAUUGAAUUUUGUGAGCUUUGAAGUUGGUGUUAAGUGAGUGAGUGAUUGCUUUGGAUCAUGUAUGUUAUAUACACAUAUAUAGGUCCUGAUGGAAGGUCUUAGUUAACACUGAAACACUGACAAUAAAAGUCAGAGGCUUUACAUGUUAGGAACCUCUCGUUCUAGUUCGUGGAGUCUGACCGUAAUCAACAAUCCACUGUAGAGAAUGGGUUUAUGGGAUAUGUAGUUCAGCUCACCAGAUGGCGUUCCCCUUUUCAGGUUUGGUGAUUGGAUCUGCUAAGUAAACUGUUAGGAGCUAUAUUGCAGCUGCUGUCAGUUUACUGACAAUUUUGUAAAUGGGUCUGUUUUAGCAUUACCCUAGUUACCAAUUUCACUCGUGCCCAACCACAAUUCAGGGGAAGAGAGGCAAGGGUUAGCACAAUGUAGGCAUGCCACCUACACAAUGUAGGUGUUUUGUUUUGUUACUUAUGAAGCCUGUGUUUCAUGCACUCAUCGUUGACAGAGUGUAUACAAUAACAUUCUUGUAUGUGACAUAUUGUGAAGCAGAGUUUAAUUGUCAUCUUCUCCAUUCUGUUUAAUAGGGGGCAGAGAGAACAAGAUGCCGAUCCUCAUAUCAAAGAUUUUCAAGGGCUUGGCUGCAGAUUUGACCGGAGCUCUGUAUGUGGGUGAUGCCAUCCUGUCUGUGAAUGGAGUUGACCUCUCAGAGGCUACCCACGACGAUGCCGUACAGGCUCUCAAGAAGACGGGCAAGGAAGUGGUGCUUGAAGGUAAGUCCUGCCAUGUUGGUGAUAUCUGAUAGAACAACACAAUGGAUUUUGGUGUGAACUGUGCUAAAGAGAAUUUUGUGAAAUAAUACAUUGAGAUGUGUUGAUUAAUAAAAGGCAAAGGAAUAUAUCAAAUGUUUUUGUUGUCCUGAUUGUCUUUCACAUCGUAAUACUCAGCAGUGUUGAGAUGGUUUAUUAGUUAACGUAAUAUGUGCCAGCUUUCAGCUGGGUUACCAACAUCAACGUGGGCUAUGUCUGUAAAAAAUGUUUGUAAGAAUGUCAAGUGCUGCACCUUUGUGGAAUGCACUGUCGUGGGUAUGCUAAAGGUAUGUACCCAGUAUUCCCAUUUUUUUAAGAUGGUUCUGAAAAGGAUAUAUUGGGAGCUACUAUAGCGGACAACAUACAGGGUAAUAUUGAGGGAUUAUAUGGAGGAAUAGGAUGAUUGUAACGGAUUCUAAUGGGAUCUAAGAUCAGAUACUUACUAACAAAUAAACGGCAUCAGUAAAUAUCAUGCAUGACAUAUAUGGCCCAAUAGGAAGUAUAGAGAGAUUUAUCUGGAGCAAUAGGAGUGUUGGCAGAGGAGAAUUAUUUAGAUUAGGAGGAUAAUUUACAAUUGUGGGCUAUAUAAAGUCAUGGGGCGAUUUAGUUAGAAAUGGUACAUGGCACAUUGAAAUGAAUGUAGGGAGCAAUAAAUGAAACAGUAAAAUACAGGAUCGUGAGGAGCAAAAGGAAUCAUUAGAAUUUUAUAAUACGGAGGAGUUAGGUGAAUAUAUAACUAUAUUAAAGGUUUGUAGCCCUAAUGGUUUGGCUUUGCACUAAUCAAAACAUAAAAUAUAUACUUGGGUGUCAAACACCCAAGUGUUAUAAAAUAGAAUAAAACAAAUGUAUACAAACGCAUGUAAAAUUCUUGAUUAUGGUCCAGAGCCAUGCCAGGCUCUGUCUUCGAGGCUCAGGGGUGCCAAAUAUGGCUACUGGAUCCAAUUGAAGAGGUCAGGUACACGAUGGUAUGGAGUUCCACAAAAAUAGAUUAUUUAUUUGUGCAAAUAGUAAAUAGUUAAAAAAACCAAAUAAUAAAACAAAUGGGUACUAUAGAAUAGGUGGUAAUUGGCAUAUCUAUAAAAUAAUGCAUCAAAAGAAGCACCAUUUAGUAACCCUAAAUAAUAAAAAAAAAAACACAAUUGAAAAAGUACAAACAGCAUACGCGUUUCGGCUAUAAAGCCUUCUUCAUUUACCGUGAUGCCAGCCAGACUUUGUAGGCUGAGAGCUGUGGCCUACCUCACUCCCUUAGCUUUCAACCUAUCAUUACCUCCCAAAAUGGACAAAAUUGAAAUUGGUAAUGCAUAUUUAAAGUGGAAAUUCCGCAUUAUUAAAGCAGCUGGAUAGAAAGUAAACUAUGGUUGCUGUAGUCAUUAUUUUUGCCAAACUACUACAAAACAGUUUUGCAACAAAUAAUAGGAUUGCGGUCAUAGGCUACUGGCACCAAUGAUCUGUAGUUGUUGUGGUGUUUUUCAGAUUGCCCUUUUUAACUGAGUGGAUCUACUAAUGUACCAAAUACUUUUUCUGAAAACCUGGUUUGUUUCUAGCUUUGGAAGCCUGAGUUUGGCAGUUCUUAUAUAGACCACAAGUUAAUGGUCUGGCUACAAGAAACUGUUUGAGCAACUACAACUAAGAGUUUUAUAGAGCAACAGGAUACGGCGUAAGGAGCAGGUGGGUAUAAAGCAGAGCUUCUAAGACACACAGGCACACAGUAUCUGUAGUGAUUAUAAUGGUUAGAGUAAUCCAUUUUGCAAUGCAGAUUGCAAUUCACUAAAACCCAGUGUUUAGUGAAUAAACCCCACAAUGUUAGGAUACACGUGUGAGGUUAUGGGAUCUUGUUAUUUAGCGGAAAGUUAACUCUCCUUGCUGUUGAACUGUAGUUACAAAUUCCUGCUGACUGUGAUGAGACCCUCACAGCUGCUAAGGGGAGCUCUGUACAUUCCGAACAUGCUGGGAGGGAUAUGUGGGAGGAAUGGAACAUGAAGACAGUGGGAUAUUACACAGCAUCACACAGAGAAAAGGCACAGAGCAGGGAAACAGUUCAUAUUACCUAAGUGUUCAGCCUUCUAAUCUUACCUGAACCAAAAAUGAAAUCUAUGUGAUUAAGCAGGGUGGCUUCCCCACCAUAAUAUAAUUACAGGCCUCCACGAUGUCUUAAAGUUUGCAGUGUAUCAUCGCUGUCCUGGUGUUCUAGAACAUCUGGGGGUCUACCUUUUGGCCAUCCCUGUGCUAAAGUGCAAAUGUUUCUGUGUGUGUGUUCCUUCCAAUUUGAAAAUGUUAAACGUUCUUAUACAUUAUUAAGUUGUUCAUUUGAUAAGUAUUUCCUUUGUUAUUUCUUUGUUACAUACCUAUCUCUUGGGAAAAUUUAGUUAAUAUAAUCUUGGCAGAGAUAUAUCAUUUUUCUGCAUAUUUAUGUGUACAGCUUGUUAAUGUUCAGGGUAUUAUAUAAUCGGGAUGCAGGUAGAACGUGGAGUACAAUCACAGGUAAGCUUUUCCUUCCAUUUUUAAAAAUCUUUUUUUUUGGGGGUGGGAGGUUGGAGAUGCCAGUAAUGGUUACUCUAACACUGCUUUUUGGAUUGGAGAUUCCUUCAAGUAUUGACAAGUAAGGUUUCCAUUAAAAAAAUUAAAAGGUAAUUUGUUUACAAGAACUUGUGAAUUGCCAAUUCUUUUAAUGGCUAGCACAGGGUUAAUAUUGUAGCACAUUAUUACAGCACUGUUAUAAAAUAACUGAGUUACUAGGUGUGCACAGUUGUUACAGUACCAUUCAUUAGAAUACUGUUUUAAUGGUGCCUUUUUGGAUCUGGGGUACCACACAGAACCCUGCCUGACAUGUAGAUUAGAUUAACCUCAGCAUUGCUGUAGUCAUACUCAGGCUUGGCACUACUAAAGAAAUAUCUGUAUGCUUUCACAAAAAGUUUUCCUGUACAGUUUUCCAAGUGUGCAUCAAUGCAUCUAAGGCAUCACGGAACUGUGACAUCACCCUGAGCACCGAAGUGCAAUUACAAUUAUAUAUAUAGUGCUAACAUGUUCCAAAGUGCAGUACAAAGGUAAACAAAACAAACACUAAAAUCUUUUUUACUUACCACUAGUGAUGUCCCGAACGGUUCGCGAACGGUUCGCCACGAACGGUUCGCCACGGACUCAUCAUUGAGUAAACUUUGACCCUGUACCUCACAGUCAGCAGACACAUUCCAGCCAAUCAGCAGCAGACCCUCCCACCUCCUGGACAGCUCACUAAGAAUGCAGCUUCACAAUGUAUGUAAAAUGGAUGCUGUCCAGGAGGUGGGAAGGGUCUGGGAGGGAGGGUCUGCUGCUGAUUGGCUGGAAUGUGUCUGCUGACUGUGAGGUAGAGGGUCAAAGUUUACUCAACGAUGAGUUUGUGGCGAACCAUUCGCGAACCGUUCGGGACAUCACUACUUACCACCUCUACGUUAUUUAUUUCCCUGUCAAUAGUGCUGACUUGGGUGAAGGAAUGAGGAAAUGUCACUUUCAGAGAAGUGAGUGUCCUCUUUUAAUGAUGACUUUUAGUGUCAAACUUGUCACUGCAAUUUGCAUCUGUGUCAAGCUAUGCUGUUGUCAUAAUCAACAGUUCAUUAUAUCCCCUGAGUGUUGGUAUGCAUGCAUUAUUUCAGCAUAUUUAAGAAGCUUCUGUGAAUAUUAUGAAGUUUCUAGAAUUUCUAUGCAGCUUCCUUAAUGCCAUGGUGGCAUACUUAUAUUCUGAGCUUCCCAUGUUGCAUUGCUCAGUUAUGGGCUCCUUCCCAUCUGUUCUGGCUUAUCCUUAGCCAGUGUCCACGGUUUUUGUUCACCUGCCGUAACUUCAGCUGCCCAGCGUUCAUUGAUCCAGCUAUUUUCUGGUUUCUUGACCCAACAUUCCAGACAACAACAUUGUAGACAGCAUUCUGCUGCAUCAGCUGUGUUAUUGGUCCCUCCUCACAGUACGCAAAACAACUUCCAUUUAUUUGCAGUGUAGGCUGUGUCACAGAAUGUCUUGUGGACACAACCUCAGAUGCCGUAAAGUAAAUUAGAAACACCUAGAAUAUAGAUUUUGGCCUCAUAAGUGAGAUAAAGCUUAAAAAAAAAAAAAAAUCAAAAUACAGUCAACAAAUCAAAAAACAUUAGCAAGGAAUGUCACCAGUUCUGGCAAAACCAGAAAGUGACUCAGAAAAUGUUGACACUGACAUAACAUUUUAUAGCAUUGCUGAGUUUAUUCUAUACAGUAUUGUUUAUGGAGCAAAAGGAAAACACUGCAGUUUGGGAAGAAGGGAGGGGCAGAAUGUGUGUUUAUGUAGAAUGUGUGUAUAUGAAUCUGUGUGUAUGUACGCAAGUAUGUGUGUGUGUAUUAUGAAUGCUUGUGUAUGUGUAUGUGUGUGUGAGUCUCUGUAUGUGUAUAUGUGUCUGUGGAUGUUUGUGUAUGAGGCUGUGUGCGUUUAUGAAUUUAUGUGUGUAUAUGAAAGUAAGUAUGUGUGAAAUAGAAUGUGUAUAUAUAUAUAUAUAUAUAUAUAUAUAUAUAUAUAUAUUUAUAUAUAUAUAUAUGAAUGUCAGUAUGUGCAUAUAAUUUCCCUAACAAGGGGGUUGGAGGUGUGCAAAGGAAACUCCCCCAAUUUCUAAAAUUACUUUUUUGACAAUUUAGGGGAGGGAGCCAAAAUACAUUUCUACCCCUGGUCCCACCUACCGUAAGUACAUUUAUGGCCAUGAAACCCAGCCCAAAUCAUAUUACUUUAUUCUCAUAAUUUCAUCACCCAUAAUAACUUGAACCCAUGUCUAUAAUGGUAUCAACCUUUGUACCAAUCACAUUAGCCCAUCCCCUAAUCCCAGUGACAUUACCCUAGCCUCAAAACAUCAUCACACCCAGCCCAUAUAACAUUACUUCAUCCCUAUAAUUCCAUCACCCAUGCCCCUAUAACAUUACCUAUCUUCAUGCCAUCAUCACCCAAUCACAUUACCUCAUCUCUAUGACAUCAUCACAAACAGCCCCAGUUACAUUAACCAAUCUCAUCAUACUAGUCGUUACCCAUUCUCAUAAUCCAAUCACCCUCAAUCCCACCAAUCACAUCACUCAAACCCCAUAGUUUGCCUGUAACCCAAAAUCACAUUACCAAAGUGCAGUCAUAAAAGUUCCAGCCAGAUAGUGCCGUCAGCACCUCCAGUGAUAACAAUCCCAGCCAUAGUGUCUGCAGCCCUCUCCUAUUAUCAGUCCUGUAACGGACCGUUUUGCACAAAAGGGGUAAAAACCGUUUAGGCGAUCGCCCCCCUUUCCAGAGAUGCAGGCACAGCUACUGUAGAACACCAAACACACGAACUGCCAAUAAGUGAAUGCUGCAAACUCCCGAACGGCAUCCAAUAUAGCACUCCAAAUACACGAACAGGAACCAUACGAAUUGCUGCUACCAGACGUAUAGGAAAAGCAUCCAAGCGGCUUACACUCCUAGCAAUCAGUCUCUAUCAGCAUUCAGUAAAUCCCCCCAAAGACGAGACAAGGCUCCGUGUUGAGGGUCAAGCAGUGGUCUGUUUAAUGAGGGCUACCUGCCCAUAUUUAUGCAGGUCUCCCACCUGGUGGACACUCCCCUAGGGGACCAAAUGGGAGACUGUGACAAGGGACAGACAAGCAGACAAAUAGGACACACAGUCACAAUAUAUUCCCACAAUGCAUCCUGGCUUCCUCCCCUCUGCCCUGGGAGAUAAUUGAGAAGUAAUUCAAUUAUCUCCCAAGACAAAGGCAAAUCGCCAUUAUGCACGUGGGGAUACUAAAACAUGAAUUACUAUUAAAAUACACCAUGUAAGACACAUACCAUUAAAACCAUACAUUUAACAUAUCCCCAGAUAGCUCAGGUCUGAGCACAUUAUUAAGCGAAUGGUGCUCAGACCACACGAAUACAGUUUAAUCGCCAUGGAGCCAAAGUCUUUACAGUCAGUUUCAAGCGAAUGGGCUCCAUGGGAUUCCUAUCUGGGGUAUAACAUAGACAAGUAAAACUACCGAACACCGGCCGUUCGUGUACUUCCACCGAACAAGAAGGGAGGUCGGCGGCUUCAGCGGUGUUCGCGCAAAACUGUGGCCGAUUUUAGUUCCAUGAAUUAAGCGUCGAACACCGCUGUGCAUUCGUAUGUUUAAAAUGGCCGCGACCUCGUGCUCGGGAUACGAAUGGCGGCCACCCAGCAUUCGUCAAUUAAGCUGCGGUUAACCGCAGCUUCAGGGAGGUUAAUUGCCGGCACACUCCAGCUCCCAGGUGGUCUAUUCAUUCGUGCGGUUGUUCGGUAUAUUGAAUCUACCAAACAACCGGCAGAAAAGCACGAAUACAGCUUUUCUGCAGGCGAAACAAAGUCUUUUAACAGAGGGGCCAUAGUCCAGAGGCAGCAGGCGAGCAACCAGGCUUCUCCAAUGCAAUGUGGCGAGAUUGGUCUCGUCACAAGUCCUAUUUAGAUAGUGUUGAAAAAUCACUUAUGAUGAUGUUCUCGGGUUCCCAGUCAUAUCAAUUGGCCCAAUGUUGGGAUUGUCCCUUCAUCUAAGUAAAUAUCUUGUUUCAUCUCUUGGCUUACCCUUGUGCCUUGAAGACGGCCAUCUAUAAUCCUUUCUGGUCAAAGCGCACCUCUUUUCACCAAAAACCAUGCUGGUAAGAUCAUCUAUUGUGGAUUCACAAAUAGUGAAACUGUGAGCAAGCAAAGGACAUCUCAAAAAUGCAAUUUGGAAUUGUUUCAGACCUUCAUAUCAUACAUGGUCUUAACGGAUAAGCGGUGCUUCUGAGACGUUAAAAUGGCAAUUUAACAUUAGUUAACAUAUAUAUAUAUAUAUUCACUGCAAAAUAAUACACACAUAAUUUAUAUUAUACUAGAUAUUUUAUUUUCAAUAAUAAUAAAAAAACAAGCCUCUUAACAGCCCCGAUUUUGUCUAGUCAUCCUCAUUUAGUUCCCUGGUGUCUCGAAUCCGAUGAUACUAGGGAACUGUCCUCAGGCAGUGAUUGCAUCAUUAAACAUGCUUGCACUGUGCAAAACACUAGGUCAUGUCACUGGGGACACCUCCUCUCAGCCAUGCCCACCCAUCCUGAUCUCCCGAUGUUAGGCAGUAUGAGAAGAUAAGGAGAGAUUUCCUUUAAUUUACUGGUUUUCUUGUGUUAGCAGGUGAACUGUACAUACUGCUGGGCAACAUUAUUAUUUACCUUAUGAUAAACUCUGGAAUGUAUAAACCAUGGUGGUGGCAUCUCCCUGUCCAGGCUAUGUAACAAUAUUUGAGAUCAGUACCAGGGAUAGAGUAAAGGAGCACGACAGGUUUAUUAGUAUGACCCAUUUAUUCUUUAAUUAUUUAUGUAUUUUACAUAUUUUUACCUGUGCCAACUUGGAAUGCUUCCUGACACCUGGCACCCGCUUAUAAACUUGGAUCCAAAUUAUUGUCACUCUUCUCCGCUGUAUACAGUUUCAGAGAGCAGUAAAUACUGAAUUGAGGAGACUGAUUCUUAAAGGGACAUUGACUCUGGGGUCAGUAAGGGGAAUCAUGGAUCGCUGCCCAGGAACAAUGAGUUCUGAGCUGCAGUCUGCAUUGAAAUGCUUCUUAUUUUCUCAUUUUCAUUCAGUGAACUGGUUGACAUAGGAAACUUCUAAUAGAUCAGCUAGAAGCAAGUCAAUGGGUGAGAUUGUCGAGUGUCAUGGCCAGAGUAGUGAUAUAUAUAUAUAUAUAUAUAUAUAUAAAAGUGAUAGAAUCCCCAAUAAAAUAUUCAUGCUUAUUCUCUUCGUUUCAAUGGCAAUUUUUGCAACGCUUUAUAAAUCUCCCCAAAUAAAUGUUAAAUCACGUAUUAACACAUCAAGGCAACUAUCUACAAUCAGCCCAAGCUUACUGUAGCAGAGAGCUGGUAUUACACAGCCUAUCUCCACUUUAGAUCCCAGUAAGGCUCAGGAACAAGUAUAAUAAAUCCACAGAGUAAUAAUUCCAGCAGGCAAAAAGACUCCAACAAUAUCCCAAUCGCAAUCCCAAUGACUGGAUGACACACAGCAUCAGGCAGAACUAAACUUUUAUUCACAGCAGUUCCUUAUAAAGGAUUCUCCCAUGCAAGGGAGGGAUUUACAGUAAUUAUACCAGUAACCAAUAAUACAGAGGUUCCCUCCCCUACUUUCCCUCCCCUCAGUGUGACAUGUAAUCCAAUUAAUCCUGGUACCUUUUCCCCUGUUUCUUGGAUGUACCCCAAAACUGUGGGGUACCAGAACUUAAGUGGCAUCCCCUGGUAGCCCUGGUCUGGGUGACCAACAUACUCAAAAUUUACCCAGAUCAGACCAGGGGUUCGGGAGUUAUAGGGAAUAAACGAUUUGACCGACUGCACACAACUAUGUAGCCGAAAGGAGUUCCAUGUGUUUUGGCCCUGUGGUCGGUCCACGUUCGGGAGGUAAAACAGGUAUAAAUCCUUGCCAUCCAUAGAUAAUACUGGGUACGCAUGAACCCCCUUGUUUGGUAGAUGGAACUCACCGAACGAGGAGUCAAUUAGCCCCUCCGUUCGUGAGCUCUGGAGGUCUCAGCGGUGUUCGCGCAAUUGAGUGUCCGAUUUGAGUUCCAGACACUCGACGACCAAACACCGCUGAGAGUUCGUGCGUAAGAUGGCUGCCGCCGCGUGUUCGUCUACUGAAUGGCUGCCACCCAGAUACAGCAAUAUAACAUCAAUUAACUGCGGUUAGAGAGGGAAUAAGGGUUUAACUAGGGACACACUUCUUCUCUAAGGUGGUCUAUGUAUUCGGUAGUUUCCAUUCGUAUAAGCUAUGAAGGAAACUACCGAACUAACAUACGAAUGUCUAUGCAAUUUUCAAUGUACAGGCAGUUUAAACAUGCGAACAGUCUUUUAAAAUAUAAUUCUGGCGGACAGUCACAUGCCGUCCGCUACACUUACUUUAGUCUGUUUUCAGUGGGACUAACCUGUAUUCGACGAUCUUUUCUGCCCUUUGUAGAAAGGGACAAACAUAGCCUGUAUAAAUGGCAUGUCUGUUGUUAGUGCGAAAACAAAAAGUUGACUCCAUGUAAAGCUUACAAAUAAGGGUUUUACCCCUUAAAGAAACAAUCCAAGCACCAUAACUACUGUAGCCCACUAUAGUGGAUUUGGUGCCAGGAGUGCAGUACAGAUUGCACAUGAGGCUAAAAAGGUUAAUGUACAGAUUGAACACAAAUCAAUAGCAAUUACCCCUAUUUUAAUGCAUUAUAUAGAUAACGAAUGAGAUAUAAUCUAAAACAUGAACUAUGAAAAAAAGAUACAUAUGGCUAAUUAGUGGAUCUGCCUGCAUUUACAAAGAUACACUUCUAAACCAGUGAGAGACUCUUAUCCUGUUCAACAAGAAUUUAUUUAAUACGUUUUUUGUCCCCAAGAGCAGGUUUAACUAUAUCUUAUUUAAAAAAAAAAAAUGCUCUGUAAAUUCAUAACAGCCAUACCAUGUUAGUUUACAUCAUUUUGCAAACCAGAAUAUGUACCGUCUGUUUUUCUCUCUCUCUCUUUAUUUGACACACUUUAUAUAGGCAGCCAAGACCAGAGCGUUUAGGCUGCCUGAUUGACUGCUCAAAGGGCUGUCAUACAGCUGCGACAAUUUUUAUGAAUUGCUGCAGUACUAAGCCACUCACAGAGCUGAGAGUAGGCUCGUGGUGCUCUGCAAUCAAGCUAACCUGAGAUGGUGUUUAGAGUGAUCGUUUAAUAAAGGUAGCUUUCAUUUAAAUGUCCGCGAAUGUAUACAGAUUAUUUAGGUAGUUUAAAGGACCACUAUAGUGCCAGGAAAACAUACUCGUUUUCCUGGCACUAUAGUGCCCUGAGGGUGCCCCCACCCUCAGGGUCCCACUCCCGUGGCGCUGAAGGGGGAGGAAGGGGUUAAUCCCUUACCUUUUUUCCAGCGCUGGGCUCCCUCGGUGCUGGGACUCUCCUCCCUCUUCUUCCGUCAUCGGCUGAAUGCGCAUGCGGGGCAAGAGCCGCGCGCACAUUCAGCCAGUCUCAUAGGAAAGCAUUCUCAAUGCUUUACUAUGGAUGCUGGCAUCUUCUCACUGUGAAAAUCACAGUGAGAAGCGCAGAAGCGCCUCUAGCGGCUGACAAUGAGACAGCCACUAGAGGCUGGAUUAACCCAUAUGUAAACAUAGAAGUUUCUCUGAAACUGCUAUGUUUACAGCAGAAAGGGUUAGUCCUAGCUGGACCAGGCACCCAGACCACUUCAUUAAGCUGAAGUGGUCUGGGUGCCUAUAGUGGUCCUUUAAAGGGACAUGCAUCACUUGACAAUUAUUUUUUUUUAACCAGCAAGCAAACACUUUUAAACAAAUAUACAAACUAAAAUAAAGAAAAUCUUCAAAGAAAAUCUUUGAAAUGUAUGUAAUAAACAUUUAUAAAUAUCCUAUAAACUUGGUCAGAUUGCAUUUUUGGGAACACCUCUCAGCUAGGGGAGUUUCUUCAGCCCCCUUCCCCCACUCCCUCUUGCAGACCUAUCAAAGUUUCAAACCAAUACACUAAUGCGAGAAACAGAAAAUCAUUGUUGAGCAGCAAGGAAGAGAAACCUGAUAUUGACGUCUGCUCUGCAUCAUCAUACUUCCAACUGCACAUCUGCAAAUCUGGCAGGAAUACCCAGUGCACUUUUCCAGAAUUCCUGGGGAUAGGACACUGGUUGGUUAGAUCAGUGUGUCUCCCGGAGUGGGUGUGGAAAGUGUAAGAAAGAAGGACAAGUAAACAUGAAAAAAAAUCUAUUUUUUUUUGAAGAGUGAGGCUACUGUGAGACAUCAGUUGUCUUAAAAUGAUGCAUGUCCUUUUUAAUCACAGUGCAUGUUGUGCUGUCUGUAAGCAUUUACUGUUGCUGUUAUUUUUGUUCUCAAUUUAUGCUCACAUUACAUGGACAAUUUUAGAAGUUGAACACCCAGCAUGUGGGGAUUUCAAAUGGGAAUGUUACUUAAUUGUGACUUUAAAUAACAACUUGUUAAAUGAACAUGCAGUGAAGUACACAGUAUUCCUUUUCCAAGCAGGUGCCUCUCCCUGCCUCCUCUGCACCGGGACUCUGAGUGAAGCCUGGUGGUGCAGGGUGACACUCACAGCCAAUGAGCUAGCCCUCCACUGCCAGAUUUAACUCACGGAGCUAAUGGGAAUGCACGUUGCAGUGGUUAUGGUGUUUGGAGUGCUUCUUUAACUAUAUAAUGCUUUGAAAUUGAACCCAGCAUAAUGGAUUAACCAUUGCUAGAAUCUAUCUGUUUCUAAUCAUACAGGCAUUUAUAAUGUAUUAGAUUCUUUUCACAGAAAAGGACAAUAAUAGUGACAUUUUUAUUAUGUUAUCUGAAAGCAAUGUACGUUUUAUGGAUGUAUGCCUUCUAGAGCCAUUAGGUAUCAUUAGAAAGUCACUUGUAGCAAUUCAGACGCUCUAGAGUUCAAAAUGUUUCAAUAAAAUGUUUCAAUAAUCGUAAUAUUGAAAGGUGUGCGUUUGUUCUAGGACCAACGUCUACGGCAGAGAUAUAUUAUUGGGACUGAAGUGUACUUAUGACAGUAACAUUUUAAAGGGAUCCUAUAGUGCCAGGAAAACAAACAAAUAGGGUUUAAGGUUAAAACCCCUUCAGCCACUUACCUUAAUCCAGCACCGGGCUCCCUGAGCGCUGGUGACCUCUCCUCCCCCCGCGACGUCAGCUCCCAAGUGGAGCCGAAUGAGCAUGCGCGGCCAGAGCUGUGCGCGUAUUCAAACCACCGAUAGGAAGCAUUACUUAAUGCCUUCCUAUGUAUGUCCAAUGUGAGUUCAAUGUAAUUUUCACACUGAGAAUUGCGGAAGCGGCCUCUAGUGGCUGUCAGGGAGACAGCCACUAGAGGCUGGGUUAACCCUGCAAAGUAAACAUGGCAGUUUCUCUGAAACUGCUGUUUUCAGCUGCAGGGUUAACACUUGGGGGUCCUGGCACCCAGACCAUUUAAUUGAUCUGAAGUUGUCUGAGUGCUUAUAGUGGUCCUUUAAGAGUCUGUUCCCAAGUGAGACCACUGUCUACUUGACAAGUGACUUUGUUUACCUUACCUGCCGGCUGUUAGAAAGUUUAUGACAUGGAAAUGGUUACAGAGGUAGGGCAUGUUCUUGCAAUCCAGCUUUACCUCACUUUAACUUGAAUUCUGGAUCUGGCUGUACGUAUGUUAGUAGACUAAAAGCUUUGACACUUGUGCCCAGUGAGCUGUGAAAGGCUUAAUGUUCUGUACUUGGAAGACCCAUGAGAAUUCCUCUACUGGCAAUGAACAAGUUUAACUGUUUAAUGGUAUAAAGUGAGUAAUGGCUAACAUCCCAGAUUUCUAAGAACUUCAAAUCACAUGAUCCUUAGCCAUCCUUAGGCUUUUUUUAAAUUAAAGGUACUACUAACAAAUCUUUCUUCUUUUUCUUCUUUUCCGAUGUCUCUAUUGCUGUUUUCUUAAUACAGAUAUUUCUUGCAGGUAUAGUUUAUCCCAGUGUGAUUGAUUUCAGCAGAUGAUAUGGCCUAUAAGAAUGUCCAACAUCUAAAACUGUAAAAUAAGCUGCAGCACAUGAGCAGAGUACUGGCAGCAGGCCACGCAUAAAUCAAACAAAGGUGGAUUGCAUUUUGCUCAAGCCUUAUGAUUAGUCAAUGUGUAAUUAGUCAAUUUUGUGUAAUCAACAAAAGCAUCUCACAGUGCUUUGUAAAUUGUGCCUGUUAUUCCUUCUGUACUCUGUACAAAUUCUAAUGAUAAUGGUUUUAAUACGUUCUGCUACCUAAACAAUGUAUAUUGUGCUGAAACCACAUAUUCUGCAAUCAUAAUGUAACACUAUAACAAUGCUUGGGUAUCACUCAUUAGAAAUCCUCAUAUAACCCUCUUUAUAACCAAGGGGUGUUACUGAGGGUCUGACGUAGGGUUGAGCCACAAGUUAGGUCCUUAAAUGACCGGGGUCUGAUUUAGGUACCAUUUAAUUGAUUCUCGUGUAAUAUUGGGAGACAUUACAUAACUUGUGUUAUUACCACUUCAAUACACCAUAUUUGGAGUUAAUUAUACAGUGCAGUGUGGAUGCAUUACUGAAGUGCAGGGUUUUAAAGUAAUGGUUGCAGGUUUAAUGCUGCAGGUUUGAGGUUAAUUCUGCAUGUGCAAGGUUAAUAGAGCAUGGCUUUUGGUUAGAAGGACACUAUAGGCACUGUAACUGCUUCAUCUCAUUCGAGUUAUUAUAGUGUUCAGAGCAGGGCCGGCGCUACCAUAAGGCAGCCCAGGCGGUUGCCGUAUGGCGCACUGGCCCAAGGACGCAAGAUUCGGGUGACCGGCAGGAGGGUAGCGCGGCACAGUGGUCUCCUCCUGCCAGUCAUUCUCCUCCUCCUGUGUGGUCUCACUCCAGUCUAGCGGGCUGAGCGCAGACCUUACAGGAAGCUCUCACUGAGGGCGCCAAACUAUUUCCUGUGAAACCGGAGAGAGGGAAACAAGCUCCUUUUCCACGGUCUGCGCUCAGCCCGCCACACAGGAGAAGGGAGGUGAGCUGCCACAUGGGUGGGAGGAAAUGAGACACAUGAGGGGGAUUGGAGAUAAUAAAACACAUGAGUGGGGCUGUGGACAAUGAGACACAUGAAGGGGGCUAUAGACAAUGAGAAACAUGAGGGGGGCUGAGGGCAAUGAGAUACACAAGGGGGGCUGGGGACAAUGAGACACAUAACACUCUAUAACUCAUCUUAUUGCUCCAUAUAACCCUCCUUAUAACUCCUCCUAUUACACAAUAUUACCCUCUCUAUAGCUCUUCGUAUUGCUCUAUAUAUCGCUACAUGUAACUCCUCCUAUUAUUCUAUAUAACCCUACCUAUAAUUAUUCCUAUUUCUCUAUAUAGCUCUACCUAUAUCACCUCAUAUAGCUCCAUAUAACCCUCCCUAUAACUCCUACGAUUGUUCCAUAUAACCCUCCCUAUAACUCCCUACAAUUUCUCUUUUUAAACCAAUAGUCUCUCAGACUGCUUCAUAUGCCACAUCCACAGAAACUAGCUCUAACUUCAAAAUGUGCCUGGACCAGACAAGCUGUCCCAAAUAACUUUUUUUCAGUAAUCAUCCUAUCCGCAGUCCAGGGAGAUACCAAUGUGUCAUACAUGCAUCGAUGAUUAAGAACUCAAAGCUCGAUGAUUAAGAACUCAAAGCUCUUGGCCCAUCUUAAAAUAACCUAGUGAAAAUACUAAGAAUUUAUUCAGUAAGAUCAGUUAGUAUGCUUUACGGGGAGACAGCAAAGACAGUUUAAGGGGUGGUGAAUUAAUUCUUUGUUGAAAGUCAGCAAGACAGAAAUUGCCAGGAACGUAAGGAAAUGUUUUAACUUGGCUUAUUCUCAAACACAAUCCCAGCUAUAAAAUAUGAUAAAAUACAUGGAAAAUGUGAGUUUAAGUAUUUUUUUAAGCAGACUACAUAGUUGUUUAAAUGUUGAGUUAAAUCCAGUAGCUGGGCCUAAAAAUGAGUAAGCUAGUGUAAAAAUAUUUUCCCUUUUUCCCACAAUUUGUCAACAUCUCCAAUUAUAGUUUUUUGUUUUUUUAAGUGUGCUUUAGUGGUUCUCAAAUCAGAAUCCUGAACUUUAAAUGUGCUUUGAGGACUGGGUUAGGAACUUCUUUUCUGGACCCCCUGAUCUAGUGAUGAGAAGGAACUAUCUGCUCCACCUCUGACAUAGACCUUGGUAGUUGUGGUAGCAUUGGGUUGUCCUGGUACCCGGUAGUAAGCAAGGUUCUAUAUGGCACAGAGUUAUCAGCCGUGAUAAAAUUGAGGGCAAAAUCUCACCAAUCAUCAGAGGUGCAUGUUGGAAAAAAUUGCCAAUCAUUAGGGUCGCAUGAAAUUAAAACCCACCUGUCAGAGGUUCCUGCAAUACAUACACAAAUUUACCAUUUAUUGAUAAAAACUCACCAAUAAUCAGUGCAUGCAGUAAAAACCCAUAUCUCAUCAUUGGUGUCUGCGGUAAGUGUUGAGUAUAAAGUCACCAAUUAUCAGCAACAUUUAAAAAAAAAAAAAAUUGGGCUCCCCUGAAAGAGAAAUCAUGACAAGAAAAAAAAAAAGGUUUGCCUAAUGACAAAUAUUGCACACUUUGGAGAGAGUUACAUUACCAAUGGAUGUUAGGUCUUUUUUUUUUCACACAAUUUGUUUUAGUUGACAUUUCAGUACUCAGAAAUAUGCACAUUUGUGGCUAGUCUCAAAACGGGCAUACUUGCACUAAUUGUUUUGAUAGGAACCAACAGGGCUUCCUUCUAGUUAAUUAGGGAUGGCUACAGUUUGUGGAAGGUAUUUGACUGCAGAUAGAUUGGGCUAUAGGUUGACAAUAAUUGUUUCUUUCAUUUUGUUUGUUAUUUAAUUUUGCUUUUACUGCUGACUUGUUGCCAGCUCUCUGUGGAUUAGAUGCAUUAAGUGCCUCUAAAUAAAAAAAUAAUAAAAUUGCGUACUACAUAAUAUAGCUCUUACUGGGGUGAGUGUAAAUGGAACUGUCAUCGACUCAAACAUGACGGUUGCACUUUAACAUAUAUAACCAUAGGGAAUCAAAGUAUCCCAAAAUGCAGCUAGGCAAAUGUAUCUUUAGCUUGUUUAAAGGGACAGCCUAAACACCAUAACCACUAAAGCUUGGAGCUGUGUGGAGUCACAGUCCCUCUGGUUUUGUUAUUGUUUUUGAGCAGCCACCUAAAGCAACUCUCUUUGCUGCUUGCGAAGUAAUAAGACAAUCCUGUAACAUCCACCUUAAGAAUAUUGCCUGCAUUCACUCAUUUCUAACUCAAGAUAUAACAAAAGUACUUGUUCAUACACUCAUCAUCAUUCCCCGACUUGACUAUUGCAACUCUCUACUCAUUGCCCUUCCCAAAUACCCGCAUUGUCCCUCUUCAGUCUAUUAUGAAUGCUAACCAGUAGUCUCGCACCAAAUUUACCAAUUAAUGCAUUGGCUUCCUGUAUCCUUCAGCAUCCAAUUUAAACUGCUAACACUGACAUACAAAGCCCUCACUAACUCCACUCCUCACUACAUUUACUCUUUACUCAACAAAUACACCCCUUCUAGUUCAUUUUGCUCUGCAAAUGACCUUCUCCUGACAUCUGCUCGUUCCCGCACUGCCAACUCUCAUCUGCAGGAUUUUUCAAGAGCUGCCCUGUUCCUUUGGAAUGCACUACUCUGUGCCUUCAGACUCUCCCCUCGCCUCCAGUCCUCUAAGAAGUCACUUAAAACACACCUCCUUAGGAAUGCUGACCAUGUUCCUGGAUGACGCUUCUCUCGUUUUAACCUCAUCAUUUCUCUUAGCCCAGCUUUCUCUCUCUCUCCUGCCACUGUUACAUUUGUUCCACACUCUGCUUUUACUAUCUUACUUCAACACAGGUAUCUUAUCCAUUAAUCCCCCAAUGCCUAAUGCCUCUGUUAUAUUCUGUGUGCAAUUUACUUGUCAAAUACCCUAUUCUGUAGUUGUAAAGCACUGCAGAUUAUUUUGGGGCUAUAUAAAAGCUAAUAAUAUUAAUUUCAUUAUCUCAUUAUUCGUAGAAAUUUGGAAGCACGCAUAUGUUAAAAGUUUGUAAUAAUGAUAGUGAAAUUGUUGAUUAUGUCAGUGGCAGCAGAGGUACUGCUUUUGCGCGGUUGCCAUAAUACUUAUCAAAGUAAUUCUGAGCAGUUUGUAAAACAAUAAAAAAAAACUGCACUCAAACACUCCUUGCACAGUGACCACUGCCAAAAGCUGUAGUUGUUUCCGUGCUUAGUGUCCCUUUAAGCCAAUGUAUCUAAGAAUCCCGUUGUAUAAAUGUUACACUUCUCCACAACCUCAGCAUAAUCUGAUAAUGAUAGACAUUUCUCAAAGAAACAUUUUGAUGCAUUUAAAACUUACCCUCGUGUCUUUAUGCGCAUUAAUAACACACUUUCCAGACAAGAUAUUACAAGGUUGAAUGUGGUUUGAAUAAAAGAAUUUACACAAAAUUUUUAAUAGAGAUUUAUAAUAGGACAAAAAACCACAUCUUAGCAUGUUACCAGAUACUCUAACUAAAGAGUUCAGUUGAGCCAACAUAUUUCAAAGCAGAUCUAUAAAAAUAAAAAGAAAGCAUCACUGAAAAUACCAUGUGCCUAAAAAAACACUCUGGGCACCAUAACAACUUCAUACAAAUUAAGUUGUUAUGGUGACAAUAGGUCCCUGGCGCUUGCCUACCUUUAGGGGUUAAGCUGUUUUUCUGAAGCUCUAAGCCAGACAGUAGCUACAAUUUGCAUAAUGGCUUGAAUAAGGUAUUUAUUGUUUUUGCCACUGUAGCCAAUUAAUGGAGGUUUGUGCAUGAAUUUGUUAUUUUAUUAUUCAAUGUCGAACAUUAUAACACAAAUUCUACCACAGAUAACAAACAUAUCCCCACUAAUAAACAGAAGUAAUUUUAUAAAUAACAGUAACUGUUUAACCAACCAUCUUCCAAAGAAGGUCUCGAUUCUUCCAAAGAAGGUCUUGAUUUCAUAUUUUUGGAUAACAUUUCAAAUCAUUUUAUAUUUUUGGAUAAAUCUUUCAAAUGUUUUAUUAUUUUUGGACAAACUUUUAAAAUGAUCAUAUGUAUAAAGAUUACAAAAUAAUAUAUAUAUUUCUAUUAACAUUUUUUAAACAUCUACCCAAAAAUAUUAAAUCAAGGCUGAAGUUAGCAAACUGUAUCAGAUCAAAUAAUUAUUGUGCAUUAAUAUGCCCAACCAACCACUUAAGUGAAAAAACUCAAAUUCCAGGUUGUCCUAAUUCUUGGAAAGACACACUAAAAUUUGAGUCUUUACUUGUGGUCUUUCUCAAAACAUUUUGCAGAAGUUUGAGAAAAACUUGGCCCAAAGCCCAGCCCCUUUGCUGCUUCUGCCAAAACAAUGAGAAAGUUCUGUACAAAGCCAUCCUGUAAACUCUGAGUAUCUCAGCCAUCCUAACCUGGGCAUACUGUAUGUCUUCAAGUAGUUUCCCAUCCUCCUAAUAGGAGUUUUGGGAGUCUUAGUUUUUGUUUGGUAUGACAGAAACCAGAGGAAUGCCAUGCACCAUAAUCACUGCAAAAUAUCCAUGCUGAGAGAGAUUCUGUUCUGAUCUCCUUAAAAUGUCCAAACUAGCUGUGACAAAAGAAGAACUGGAGAAAAUCCCAGACCUAUUGUAAUCCUAUUGUAAUCCCACUUAAAUAUACUAAGGGAAGUAGGGGCAGUGCAUCGCUCUAGCUAGAUCAGAUCCAAAAUGAUAGUAAUGUAGCCCAUGGAUCAGCACAGCUAGGGGAGUGGGCCCUUUACAGAGCCAGAAGGUAAUUUUCCCAUUUUUCACAGCGGUGGGGAAUGGCCAGGUUAAAUCGGGGGGUAGAUGGAGGAAAAAGUGGGCAUCCUGAGGUUUAGUGUGGAUUAGGCAGUGUUACAUGUGGUUGGUAGGUUCGAGCUCGUCUGUGGCUCCGAACCUGGGGGUGUAGCGGUGUCUGGGUACACCCCUACAAUCGAUAUGGUGGGUAGCGGUGUCUCAGUACACCCCUACAAUCUGGUGGAAAUGUGGUCAUAUUGGACGGCCAGUUUCUGUGUUAACAUGUUAUUUAGAUUGUUAUCUGUUGUUAUUAUUGUGGGGUCAUUGCCUGGGGUAUGUUACAUAUACAGGGAAUGUUGACUUUAAUAAGAUUUGUUGGCAAUGAUCCCAUUUGUUAUUCCUUAAUUAUUUAAUUAAUAAUUAAUAAUUAAUAAAGCUGUAGACUAAUAUUUCCAACAGUAUAACCUGUGUCUGUGUCUUAAUGGGGUUUGGGUAAGGUAAACGCAUAUGCCGGCAAAUCCGACUGUGCGUCUGUCAAAGUUAGUUCAACUUGCACCUGCAACCCAAUACCUUACCUUAGUCUUUCCCUUCAAGGGACACUGUAGGCACUUUACUACUUCAUCUCAUUGAAGUGGUUAUAGUGUCUGGAAUCCACUGGCACUGGCCUUUCAUUCGGCAAUAUAAAAAGUAAAAGAAAGGGAGUUGGGAGCACACCCAGAACAUGCAUUUCUCAGCAAUGUAGAAACAAAAGUGUAUACAAAAUACAGAUUAAGGAACAGUUUACACACAGAAAAAUACAGUUUUAAAUCUUACAAGGCUACUUAAAAUCACCUAUCUCAGCAAACAAAUAUGGGUAGUCAGUUCCCACAUAUGGCCAUAUUGUGUUAAGCCAAUCACUACAUCACAAUAACCCAAUACUGGUGGGUCAUACUCUAAUUUUAACAUGGGAGACAAAUUAAAUAGUGCUUGUGCUAAAUUAACUCAAGUGUACUUAAUUCUUCUCUUGUAAAAUCAUUGUGAUUAUAUAUAACGUAAAAUUAACGUGCUAAAUUUUUUUUUUACAAAAAAUUGUUUGAAAACUAAACAAGUAAAGUGAUAGUGCUUUGAUGUAUAUACUCGCAAUGCAUAUCGUAUAUCUGCACUAUAUCAAAUGAAAAUCAUAAUUAAAGUGGCAUUGCUAUCCAAUGCCACCUCAAAUUUAGAAUUUCCUGUGGUCACCUCCAAAGGGGAAUCUGAAGCUGGGGGGCGGGGUGAGGCGCUGUGCCCAAAAACAUAAAUUCAGCAUUAGUUUUUAAUGUCUCAUGAUAGACAAGUUUUUAUAGUUUUUAAUGUCUCAUGAUUGACAAGUCCCCCGUAGCCCAUCCCCCUAUGUUUUGCUUGGGCUACUGAGCAUUAGCCUAAGCAGUAUGGGCAGCUGUCAGGUGACCACAUUCAGCCUACUACAGUGCCCACUGCAGGCAUGCAUGGAUAUGACAACAAGGAAGUGUAUAAUCUCUGCCUCAGCCACACCUCCAGUGGGGGCUGGGCUGUGGGAAGCCAUGCACCCUAAUUCACUUUUAAAUUGCUUGAAAAUGUUUUAACAUUGAAUGGACAGACUGUGCCAGGGGACUCCAAGAACUAUAACCAGUUCGAUGAGAUGAAAUGGUUAUAAUGCCUACAGUGUCUCUUUAAGGCGGCACUGUCAUGUUUUUUUUUUUUUCUUUUUGGCCUUUUUUCUUUUCCUUUCUUUAUCCCCUUUCAAUGAAUACAAUUUUAUAGUCAUUGUAUCUUAAUGAUUAUACUUCCUUACUCACUACUUGCCUUUAUUUAUAUUUAUCAUGUUUUCUUCUUUACGCCAGAUCUCAAUACAAGUGUUUGCCCUUCUGUGGAAUUCUUUUGACUAAUGGAUUGUGAGUAAAUUAGCUUAGCGACUGAAAUUGAACUUUGCUUAAAGGACCACUCUAGGCACCCAGAUCACUUCAGCUUAAUGAAGUGGUCUGGGUGCCAGGUCCAGCUAGGGUUAACCCAUUUUUUUUAUAAACAUAGCAGUUUAACCCCUUAAGGACACAUGACAUGUGUGACAUGUCAUGAUUCCCUUUUAUUCCAGAAGUUUGGUCCUUAAGGGGUUAAGCAGGUUAAGCCUUCCUCCAAAGCCUCUAGCGGCUGUCUCAUUGACAGCCGCUAGAGGCGCUUGCGUGCUUCUCACUGUGAAAAUCACAGUGAGAGCACGCAAGCGUCCAUAGGAAAGCAUUGAAAAUGCUUUCCUAUGCGACCGGCUGAAUGCGCGCGCAGCUCUUGCCGCGCGUGCGCAUUCAGCCGAAUGGGCGGAGAGGAGGAGGAUCGGAAGAGGAGAGCUCCCCGCCAAGCGCUGGAAAAAGGUAAGUUUUAACCUCUUUCCCCUUUCCAGAGCCGGGCGGGAGGGGGUCCCUGAGGGAGAAUGUUUUCCUGGCACUAUAGUGGUCCUUUAAGCUCCGCAUAUUGCCAGAAAUUGACAAAGAUCAUGCUCCUCAUUUGCAAGAAUAGUCACAAUUUUUUCUUAUAUAAAACUAAAAAACUAAAGUAAAUUUAAAAAAAGUGAUGACUAGUAAAGACAAAACGAUAUCAAUGCUACUUUAUGGUUAUUCUAUGAGUUAAUUUAUACAUUUUUCCAAUAGUUGUCUAACUUCUAGGGUCAAAUCCCUGCUCUUUGUAACGCAAGACCCUGCAAUGCCUGAUUGCCUGAAGUGGUUGUGGUGGGGAGAGUUGGGUGGGUAAAUCUGAAUAUUCACUUACAGAUAGUCAGUGAGCAGGUGAUCAUUUCUGAGCCUUGUGUACAUUAAUGUGAGCAUGUCAGGUGGCAUAUAAGUGAUUGUAAGCACAUCUGAUGGUUUAAAAAUGAUUGUGAUCUCAUCCGCUUAUGUAGAAACCAUUAUGACCAAAGCAGGUGCUAUCUAAAGCUUUUUAGGCUCAUCAGAUAGUCUGUGUGUUAUUAUAUACACAGCAGAUGGUGUAUAUAAGUGAUUGUGGCUACAUCAGAUGGGCUAAAAGUUAUUCUAGGCACAUCAGAUGGCGUAAAAGUGACUCAAGUCACAUCAGCUGAUAUAUAAAUAAUCAAGAGUAAAGCAGAUGUUAUAGAAAGCAUUUUGAGUAUAGUAUUUUAUGUUACUAUGUGUGUAACAGAUGGUAUAUAAAUGAUUUUGCUUUAGACACCCUCUCCGAUUCUGUGCCCCAUGGGACUAGUUUAUGUUUUUUUAUUUAGAAUUUGUAUAUCACAUAAUUACAUUUCCAACAUAAUUCAAAAUGAUAUUGUCAUAGAGACUUUUAUAGAGAAUAUUGCAUAUUCAGCAAACGUUUGCAUUAAAGAAAUGUAAAACCUGCAUGCAAUGCAGAAUUUUUAUGAUUGAAUGUUCAUUAGUACAAGGUAAUUAUAAACUCUUACCAAAAGCUAAAUGUUCGCUACAAAAGAAUAGAAUUUCCACUGUAGUGAAAAUUAACCCGAAGCGAUGCUGAUUUUACACUUCCUACAUUCAACAAUAAAAUAAUCUGAUGGAUAGUUUCUUGGUCAUCAAAUCAUAUCAAGAAGUGGGAUACGAACCAAGAAUAAGUGCUAAUGGUUCAACGCCUGAAGUGAUCACAAAAUUAAAAAAAAAAGUAAAUAAAAAAGAUUGUGCCUUAAAGGCUGAUCUUGAAAUAGUCAUUAAAAGCCAUGUAUCAGUGUUUGCAGAUGACACAAAACUUUGUAAAGUAAUAAAAUGUGAGCAGGAUAUUGCUUUGUUGCAGAGAGAUUUGGAUAGAUUGGGGGACUGGGCACUAAAAUGGCAGAUGAAAUUUAACAUAGAGAAAUGCAAAGUUAUGCACUUCGGGGUUAAGAAUGCACAAGCAACUUACACACUAAAUGGUAGUGAAUUAGGGAUAACCACACACGAGAAGGAUUUGGGCAUUGUUAUAGACAACAAAUUAGGCAGCAAAAUGCAAUGUCAAUCUGCAGUUGCUAAGGCCAGUAAGAUUUUGUCAUGUAUAAAUAGGGGCAUAAAUUCUCGGGAUGAAAAUAUAAUUUUGCCUCUUUAUAAAUCGCUGGUAAGACCACACCUUGAAUAUGCUGUGCAAUUUUGGGCGCCUGUUCUAAAGAAGGAUAUCAUGGCACUGGAGAGGGUCCAGAGACGAGCUACAAAAUUGAUAAAAGGAAUGGAGCAUUUUAGUUAUGAAGAAAGGUUAAAAAAAUUAAAUCUGUUUAGUUUGGAAAAACGGCGCCUGAGAGGGGAUAUGAUAACUUUAUACAAAUAUAUUCGGGGCCAGUACAAACCUUUAUCUGGAAAUCUAUUCAUAAACAGGGUUAUACAUAGGACACGAGGUCACACAUUUAGGCUGGAAGAAAGGAGAUUUCAUCUAAGGCAAAGAAAAGGUUUUUUUACAGUAAGAACAAUAAGGAUAUGGAAUUCUCUGCCUGAAGAGGUGGUUUUGUCAGAGUCCAUAUAGAUGUUUAAACUGAAAUUGGAUAAAUACUUACAAAAACAUAACAUACAGGGAUAUAAUUUCUAAUUAGUGGGGUAAUAGCUGAUUGAUCCAAGGAGACAUCUGACUGCUAUUUUGGGGUCAAGAAGGAAUUUUUUCCUAGUUUGUGGCAAAAUUGGAAGUGCUUCAGACCAGGUUUUUUGCCUUCUUUUGGAUCAACAGCAACAACAUUUCUGAGGAAGGCUGAACUUGAUGGACGCAAGUCUCUUUUCAGCUAUGUAACUAUGUAACUAUGUACAGCUUAUUUUAUUUGUUUUCGUGAGUAUAAUCAGUCCCUUUAAGCUUUUUGCAGUAAACACUGUUUUUCAGAGAAAAUGCAGUGUUUACGUUACAGCAUAGGGAUACAUCCACUGGCCACUCCUCAUAUGGCUGCUAGAUGUGCUCCCUGGGGCAGUGCUACACAGUGUGCAGCACUGACAUUCAGUGUCUCCACCUCCUGCACAAAGACACUGAACUUUCCUCAUAGAUAUGCACUGAUUCAAGGGGCUCUGCCCCUGAUCUGCCUCUUUGAUAGUCUCAGACAAUCCUAUGUAAAAGCAUUGUGAUUGGCUCAGAGAAUAACUUUUAAUGAUGUCAUCCAAGCAGGCAGGUCAGGGGCAGAGCCAGUGGCUACAGACCUAGACAAAAGUAAGAUUUCACUAUAUUUAGGUGAGUCAAGGGGGACCAGAGGGGCCAGAUGGUGGUUUUAACACUAUCGGGUCAGGAAUAGAUGUUUGUGUUCCUGGGAAAUGUAGACAGAAGACUUAUAUUUGAUUUGAUCAUUGUCUAAUAAAGGAAAACUCAUUUUUGUUUUACACUUACAAAUGUCAAAAUGAUAACAUCACAGAUUCAGUGCAAAUUGUCAUAUUAAUUUGUAAAAUUCACACAAUAUUUACUCCUAAAGUAGUGGUUGUACUAUGCAGCUCGUUAGGUGCUGCUGCUGAUUAAAAUGUGUUGUCAGAGCAAAAAACUAAACGAAAACAGUUUGCUUCUCGCGGAAUAGGCUGGGACAAAUUUGAACGUGUUUCAACAGAUGGUGGGAAAAGACAUGAAUCUGUGAUUUGCGUGAUAAGGCGAAUAUGCAAUGGCGUGAUAUUGUUAGCCUCUAAACUUUGUUUGUUGUUUCACUGUGUCAAUCGUCAGGAGAUCAGGAGACAUUAUGCUGCAAACCAUUAUCACUAAAAAUUUUUAUAGAGAUUGCAUUUUCAUUAGGGAAUUACAUUGGAUCAAAUGGAUUGACUCAUCACCAGUUCCAGCAUUUUAUUUGGAAGAACCUGACAAUGAGGUACAUUACACAGCAGUUUAAUGGUUGACAAUAAGUGCUUUACUGAAACAUUUUAUUGUUUUUUUUGUUUUUUUUUUAUUGCAACACUGAAUGUCAAUUAAUUUCUAAUGCUUAUGCAUUCCAGUUUUGUCUCAUGUGUGAAUUGACUGUUGGCUGACAUCAGUGCUAUCAAUUAACGAACACAACAAGGGGAGUCAAAACACUUUUAAAAAGUGGAAAAUAACUCAGUUUGAUAAACUAGUUCCUACAACUACAUUAACUUGAAAAUGUUACAAUAAUAGGGGGAAAAAAAUACACACAACACAUAUACAGAGUCAGGAAAAGCAUAAUAUUAUGCAACCAUUUCCAAAAGGUUAGAUAGUGUAUAAAAAAUAACGAACUUUUAAAGUGUAAACUCAAGGUAAUGGUGAAUGUCUCUCUGGUUUGUUUUCCGAUGUUAAAUCUCUCACUGUAAAUUAAAAUUAUUGUAUAAAUAUAUUAUAGGGGUGGUGUCUAGUAACCAUAACCACUUUGAGCUCUUUGUUGUUGUUAUUGUACUAGGCAUCUUGGGAAAAUCCCCCUCCCCCUAGUUUUAAGCAGUUUUGACAAAAACUGGACAUCUUCUGACACUCAUUGCUCAGCUGGAAAUAUUUUGACAAAAAAACAACAACAAACAAGCAAAUUCAUUGGAACUUUUCAACUUUGAAGACUCUUUGCACUCGAAACACUACAAAAAGUUAUAGUUGCUAUGGUGCUUAGACGGCCAUUUUAAAGGUGAAAUAUUUAGGUGGUUAUGGUGCUGGACAGAAGAGCUUGUAACUCCAGAUACAAGCACUGUUAAUUUGACAGCUGGGAAUUGCACUUCCUGGAUCUCAUACCAAUCUAUACCAAUGAGUUAGUAUGUCAGUUGGAGAGACAUGCAGGAGUGACUUGUUUCUAUGAAGCUGCUGACAGUGGGGUGUUUGGACAGCGCAUCACCAAAGAGACAGGUUACUCCUUAGACUUUAAAGCACUUGCUCUUGGCGAGCAGCGUCUGCAGUCUCUCAAAUCAGAUUACUGUGUGGCUAAGACCUAGGAAGUGUGACUCUUUGAAUGACAGGACAUUAAAGGACCACUAUAGGCACCCAGACCACUUCAGCUCAAUGAAGUGGUGUGGGUGGCAGGUACAUUUAGGGUUAACCCUGCAGCUGUAAACAUAGAUGUUUUAGAGAAACUGCUAUGUAUACAAUAGGGUUAAACCAGCCUCUUGUGGCUGUCUCAUUGACAGCCGCUAGAGGCGCUUCUGCGCUUCUCACUGUGAAAAUCACAGUUAGAAGACGCUGAUAUCCAUAGGAGAGCAUUGAGAAAUACUUUCCUAUGGACCGCAUUCGGCGGAUGACGUCGGCAGAGGGAGGAGAGUUCCCCAGCGCUGAGGGAGCCCGGCGCUGGAGAAAGGUAAUAAUUUCUUAUGCAUUCAUAAAAAUGUUAAAUCUAAAGCCCUGUUUUGACACAAUUAAAAAAUUGGAUUGUUGGGUAGCAGGCACCGUAUUCUAACACCAUAACCUCUCCAAUCAGCUGAAGUGACUACGGUUUUUAAUGUGUCCCUAUAAUAAUAAAAACUUGAACCAGUUACCCUUUCUAGAGCUCCAAAUGGGUUUUUUUCAGAGAUACUAUUUAUGGAGCAAUAAUAAGAAUAAUAAGAAUGGAAAGGAUUUUAUGCUGCAGUUAUAAGCAAUUAAGUUCUAUCGUCAUUGCAAGGAGCAUACAUUGUUAUGAUACUAUCAAUAUAACUAUGAUUGUGAUCACCAAUAUGGGGAAAUGUUAGAAGAAAUUACUGAAUGUUAUAUGCAGUCUGUCUUUUUUCCUUUGCAUUAUACUGAUUUCUGCUUGAUUUAUACAUUCUCCCACUGACGUGCUUAAUAUCUUGUUUCUUUUAUUUUACUAGUUAAAUACAUGAAAGAAAUUUCUCCGUACUUCAAAGGAUCACCACCUAGUGGCUCCAAUAGUUGGGAUUCCACUCCACCAGUCACUCCACUCAAGAAGGGUUCUCCUGCUCUGCCCCCGCGGGACAUAAAGGAUGGGAAGAGCAUUCCACUGAAGAUGUGUUAUGUGUCCCGAAGAUUCAUACCCUCAGAUCUUGAGCCCAGGUGGGAAGAAUAUAAGAGAGGCUAAUAUUCAGAACCUAGCGCACUCACUCACUGAACUAUAAACUAGCAUCACAUUCCAUAAAAUAUAAAAGUUAUUAAAAACACAAAUAAUGGGGAUCUAGUUACAGUAUAUGAUCAUACAUGGCAUUAGCCUGUCACAACAUCAAUGUAAGUCAUUUUGGCAGGUCCUAUUCUGCCAAGCUAAUUCCUAUGGGAUUAACUCAGUUACAUGGGAUAUCCAUUUGGCAAUGGGCAAGAUGCCAACUGGAGUUUGUUCAGACUUCAAUAUAGCGUAUAGAAGAGAAAUGCUGCGCUCACCUGAAAAUGCAUAUUUUAUAAGAGAACAGCUAAACUAAUAUAUGCAACAUAAAAAAAAGUGCAGUGUACUGUAUUUUCUAUUUUUUGGAGUCUGUCCAAACUCUGGUUUGCAUAUAAACUCCCUACCAGAUCAGUGCAAGGCUUACACUCUAGAAUUUUUAAGGACUACUCAUUCAAGAUAUAUACUGAGACAAAGUAGGGACUACUUUGUCUCUGUAUAUUUUCUACGCCUGACAUGUCUAGACACUCCCACAUUCUAGAAGUGUCAAUCCACAUAGCGGUCACCAGUGACGGAAUUAUCAGGGGAAGGCAACCUCCAGCACUCCAGAUGUUGUGGACUACAUCUCCCAGAAUGUUCUUAUUGCCAUAAUGCUGGCAAAGCAUCAUGGAAGAUGUAGUCAACAACAUUUGGAGUGUCGAAGGUUGCCUACACCUGGUCUAUAUCUGUGGAGGAUCUCAGGGUCUUGUGGGAUCCUCCAUUGACCUCAAUGCUGUACUCCUACAAAUGCGUGAGUUCAGCAGAGACUUUGGCUCCUGGCGCUUCAGAGGACCAGGAGAUAUAACUCACCUUUACCUAGCUAACCCACCCUCCACCCCCAUCCCCUUCCACUGGACCACAGCGGCGAUAUCAUGAAUUCUGCAAAGUCUCCAGACGGUGAUCAUGGCGCUUUAAUUAUGUCUCUUGCUUGGUUAUUAUUAGGAUAGGUGUGAAAAUGGAAGCGGAUUAUAGAUUUAGUAAAAAGUGAGAAACAUGAAGUCACCAGCCAAGUAUGAUGAAAAUAUGACACAGGAUACAUAAGACACAUGUACAGGAGUUUUCCCAUGAUUUGCCUGGUGGGUGAACAUUUUUGUUUUGAAAGCUAAAUACGUGUUAAUUUUGCCUACACACAGUUCCGUGUAGAAAAGAAAUGUAGAGGCAAACUCAUAUAGGCCACCAUGUUUUAAAAGGUAACCUGUGAAAUUUUCAGCUUGGGACCAAAGGGUUACAUAUUAUGUUUCCAAAAAUACAGUUCCAAUCUCAUGCAUGACCUAUACAUGUAGGUUAUAUUUUUACUUUAACAUCAGCUAUAAAGUUUGAUUUCUCACAAUACCAUCUUUGUGUUUCAUUAUUUGUUGCUCUGCAGAUACCUAGAAAUUUGCUCAGCAGAUGGCCGAGAUGUUUUAUUCCUGCGGGCGAAGGACGAGGGUACAGCUCAGUCUUGGUUUAAUGCCAUCCACACCAAUGUUUCUUGUCUUAUACCACGAAUUCGAGACGACAUCAAGCAGUAUCUAGGCAAAGAGGUUAAACACAUGGGUUGGCUGACUGAGCAGGUAACAUACAAUUUCUGGGUCCAGAAUGUGAUGACUUCAUUGUAGUGCAGUUUAGAUAUAGAAAAUAUUGGACUUUAAAACCACAUUUAUACCAGCACAUUACUCACUGGAUAUUACAGAGGAUGGGAUUCGAAUACAGCUAGAGAUCUAUAAUCAGUGUUAAUGAAAGUCAACCAGAUGUCUCUCUGUUUUGAUUGCCAGCUCACCCAGGAUGGCAAGCGGAAUCUUCUGGCCAUUCUUACAGAGAAGGAUCUCUUGUUAUACAACAGUCUCCCACACACCCGAGAGGGCUUCAGCAAACCAGCUUUCUGCUAUCCUCUCAUUGCCACAAGGUAAGAAAAACAGUGAAUCAACAAGCUUUCAAAUAUGUGACUUUAGUCGAAAAUGACCUGUUUGCUUACAAAAUGUAUAAUUCACGGGACCAGAGUAGGCUACAAAAACAAAUCCUGGACACAGUUCACAAAACAACCAAACCAAAAUACAUUCUAGCUGAUUCAGCUUCCCUCUAGUGCAAAAGUAUCAGAUUCCCUUCACUAAUUAUGCAAAACAAAACUGGGCAACAAAGAAAAAGGGAAUAGCACAGAGAAUAAAUAAAAGGCACUUAGAAUGAAAAUAAUAUAAACCCACUGCACAAAGUGAAAAAGGCUAAUUCAAUGUGUUCAUUUAUCAUUUAUUUUAACAAACUAAAAAUAAAAAAGUUAUAUUUUUUUUUUUGUCAAUGUAAGUAAAACAAACAAAUAAAAUCACUGAUAAUUUAAGGCAGCAUGCACCAUCUUUUAAGCAAAUAUACAAACCAAAAUAAAGCAAGAACAACUUAGAAAAGUAUGUAAUAAACAUUUCUAAAUGGACUAUAACUUGGUCAGAUUGCAUUGUGGGACACACCUCUCAGCUACGGGAGAUCAGCCCCUCUUACCCACCUAUCUCAGUUGGAAACCACUAAAGGCAGAAACACAACAUCAAUUCGUUUUUUUCAUUUUUCACACACAAACAAAUAUGAACGCUAACUUUGGCCAGUGUUUGUGGCUAAGUGGCUACUAAAAAAGACCGGACAUACCCCAUUUGUAAUACCUUGGGAUGUCUACUUUUGCAAAUCAUAUCCCAUCAUGGGGGUAAUUUUCAUUCCUGUACUACCAUUUUGUCUCAAAGGCAACAUAACCAGUCUGGCAAAUUUCAAUGUGUAUAAAUUGAAAAAUGUAACAUGCUAUAUUUGACCCUGUAACUUUCCAAAACACCAUAAAACCUGUACAUUGGGGGUACGGUUUUACCCGUGAGACAUCGCUGAAUACAAAUAUGUGUGUUUUAUUGCAGUAACAGCCGACAGUAUUAUGACAUUCACAAUUAAAAUGCCAUGCAAAACUAAAAAAAAGUCUUAAUUUUUCAUUUUUAAAAAAUAUUUUAUUCAUAUUAAAAUAAUGUGUAAUAUAUAAAUAUUUGAUGUGACAUGAAAGCCCUUUUUUCGUGAACAAAAUUAUAUAUAAUAAGUGUGGGUGCACGUAAUAUGAAAGAGGUGAAUUACAGUAGAACAGACAUAUAGCGCAAAUUCAAGGUUUUAUUUUUGUUUUGUUUUGAUCACAAGUUGUACAACUGCCCCAGUCCUUAAGAGGUUAAGUAAUGUCACUAAACAUAAACAUAAAAUUCCAGAUAAAGAACACAAACAAACAAGUAGUUCAGAAUCUCUGUAGAAGAGAGAAACAGACUCGCCCAGGUAUGAGAUACCAGUCCAGUUUUCAUUUGAUGGGGAUACAGGGCUGGCGCAAGAAUUUUUGCUGCCACAGGCAAAACAUAUUUUUGCCAACCCCCAUAUGCUGUACCCACUAUGUGACAUCUAGCUUGCCUACUUACCACCAGAUGAGGACGAGAGGAUGAUGAUACAGUCUGGCUCCGCUGGUCUGGUGUAGAACAGGCUCUCCUCAGGCCGUUUGUAACUUUGCUCACAAAAAUCAAUGCCCCGGGGAACAAGAAGCAGCUUCUUUUAUGAGGCCCCUUACACAGCUCAAAGUCUCGGCCCCCAGUGCCUGACCGUGAGUAUGCCCACAAGGUCUGCCCGUAAGUCCACCUACAUGGCCCACCAAUGAGUUCGCUAACAGGGAGUAGAGUGUAUGUGUGUAGGGGAUGUGUUAUUGUAGAGGAUGUAAUGUAGUGUGUAGGAAUACAAUGUAGUGUGUGUAAAGGGGAUGCAGUGUGUGUGUAGUGGAUGCAGUGUGUAUGUGUGUAAGGGAUGCAUUGUGUGUUUCUCUGUGUGUGUGUGUGUGUGUGUGUGUGUGUGUGUGUAUGUUUGUAAGGGAUGCUUACAAAAAGGUGUGUUUCUAUGUGUGUAUUUUAUGCAUUGUGUUAUUCUGUGUUUGUAUGUUUAAGGGAUGCAAAUGUGUUUCUCUGUAUGUAAGGGGAGCAUUGAGUGUGCGUAAGAGGUGCAUUGAGUGUGUGUGUUUGUGUAUGUGUAGGGGAUGCAUUGUGUGUUUAUAUAUGUAAAGAAUGCAGUGUGUGUGUGUAUGGGAUACAUUGUGUGUUUCUGUGUAUGUGUGCAAGGGAUACAUUGUGUUUGUGUGUGUGUGUAAGGGAUGCAUUGAGUGUUUCUGUGUGUGUGUGUGUGUGUGUGUGUAGGGUUGUAUUGUCUGUUUCUGUGUGUAGGGAUGCAUUGUGUGUUUGUGUGAGUAGGGUUGCAUUGUCUGUUUCUGUGUGUGUAGGGAUGCAUUGUGUAUAUGUGUGUGUAGUGUGAAAGAGAGAGUUUGUGGGGUAGGAUGGGGGCUUGAGUCUUGCCAGGGAAAGAGUGGGGAGCAGCUUUUUAUUUUUAUUAUUAUAUUUAUUUUGUUAAUAUAUUUUUUUUAAAUGGUGGGAGAGGAUUAAAAAUCACUAUUUGCCUGCACUACACCAAAAUAAUAAUAAAAAUCUCCCAUAACACCACCCAUACUUAGUUCUACUAUGAAAAGCUGCCACAGCAAGGCCAGCUGUAAUGGUGUGUCUUAGAUUCCCCAAGCAAAUUAGAUUAACAACCAUCAAAACACAAGUUAGCAAAAUAUCUCUGCAACGGAAAGUACUAAUAAAUUGGUCUCUUGAAUAACUUGGAUCUUGCUAGCGUGGAUCUUUACAAGACAAAGGCAAAACUUAAUAAAGGAAUAUUUAUUGGGAACAAAACUGUCACAGCACAUACGUUAGAAAGAUAUAUGACAAACAAUUUACACCAACAGCAGUAAAAAAAAUAAAAAGGAGAAAUUAACAGAUAUUCUGAUUACUUACCUCACUGUUACAAUACUGGAGUUUUCAGCCUGUGGGAGCUCCGAUAGAAACUGUCACUCAUCCAACUUAUAUCUGGCUUCUAGAUAACACAUGGAUCAUUGGCAUUCAUAAAUUUUAAAAAGAUUUCCCCAUAUCACAUUUCCAAGCCGGCCUGGGAGGAGGUAUAAGGUGAGAGGAAGUAUAAGGCAAAAGGAAAGGCUUGACUGUAAGAAGUUGCCCUCCCAUGCCCUUCCUUUGUUUAAAUCGAACCCCAAUCUAUAUGGUAAAAUGUAUUAAUAUCUUGUUGUAGUUGUUGUCUGGCCACAGAAAUAAUUCUUACAUCUGUGAAUUUGUUGCAGUUUAUAAAUUUCAUAGAAAUGUUCAAUUCCUUGUUACACUCUUAUAAUACAGCGGACUUCACAGUUCCUUCAAAAUGGCCCAGGUUACCAUAGUCCUGUUUGGAUUCCCCUUGUAGGGUAUGCUGUCACCGUUAUGAAUAUUUAUACCAAGGGCACGAUUAUUCAUCCCUGAUAAUUAUUGUUUUUUUUGGUUAUGCCCCUUGGCAAAGAAUUGUCUGCUAAAUGCUAUUGGUCUCUUAACAUAUUAAAAGAGCCAAGGACUGUGAAGUAAGGUAAAAUGGGUUGCAGUCAUCCAGUCUUAAAAAAGGAUAGAUAUCAUGCAAUGUGUGUGUAAAAUUGCAAUAGUGGUGGAAAUUGGCAAAACAUGAUACUAGAAUUUCACUUUAUGAAAUUCUCAAUAUUUAUGGUCUGGUGAGAGAAUUGAUUUAAGUUGUGUUGGUGCCUGGACUGUGCCUUUUAAUAAUUAAAAUCAGAGACCUAUUCAUGCGUGAUACCAGUGUAGAAUAUAUUGAUGUACCUUUUAUUAUUCAGAAGGAACUUCAUAGGUUAGUGAUUAUACUGUCCUCAUUUGAUAUAUUGUUAUCACAAGGCAAAUUUAAACAUUUACAAAUCCGAGGAAGGACAGGAAGUCAAGGGCCAGGGAUUUGGGGGUGCUGAUGAAGAGUAGAUGCUGAUCUAAGGUCAGAUGAGUUGAACUUAGGUGAACUGGUAAAGAAACAGGAAUUGCCCACACAUUGGCUUACUACAGACAGCUGUCUCAACAUGAUGAGGCUUGUCUUACCUCAACAGUGUUAUUGUUUCUCGUCAUGUUGUCAAAAAGCAGUACACUGCAAGGUGAAACACCUGUGUUUAAGAAUAAACAGUGUGUUUAAAAUAGGAGGUCAAUGCUUUUGUAAGAUACAGAAACAACAUGGGCCGGAAACCUAUUGAACAACGGUGAUGUUUGUGUUGAUUGCAAUCGCUUUAAAGCUUAUGUGUAUGAGGCAGGUGCUUAAAGUUUUCAGUUUGAAUAGUAAAGACAUAGGUGUGCACAAACAAAAAAAAAUACCCUCUAAACACAAUCUAAAAUAGUGUUUUAGAAAAUGUAGAACAAAGUACAUGUUUUAUUUUUCUGCUCAAUGGCCAGGUGUAUACAGAUAUAGUCAUGAUUUGUUUAUCUUUAAAAACACAACUUAACGUAAACCCAGGCACAAAAAAAGCAAAACAUGGUAAUUAAACAAAGGAAAGAAUAAUGCAAUUUAACCCCAAAGUUUAUCAAAUGGUUGUACUACCAUCUAGUGGUAGAAUCUAAUAACUGUAACCAUUUGCAGAUUUUUGUGUUAGUAUUUUAGGAUUGGUUGUAAAUGAAUCUGAUUAUCUCCCAGCCUUUUGCUCUGAACAGAAGUGGACAUAUUACUAUGCAUAGGCGUACCUAAGUUACAUGGCACCCGGGGCGUAAAAAUAUUCUGACACCCCCACCACCACAAUCUGUAAAAAAAAAAAAAAAAUACACAAAUGAGCAAAUCAUUGAUAUACACACAUGGACAUAUAUACACUGACAAACACAGAGUGAUAUACAUACACACUCAUACACAAAUACACACACAGACUAAUAUACACACAUUGACUCAAACGUGAGGAAAGAGAGACCAGUCCUGCAACUGGAAGCAGGGGCUAGAGCGAGGGCCCCCUUCCUUGGCCGGGGCGAAGAGCCCGACUGCUCAGUCUGCCCCUAAAUAGCACCUCCAUGGACCGCCCUCCUCUUAGUACGUCGCUGUUUCUAUAAACUGUUUGAUGAUGCUUAAUGUCAAAGGAAAUAAUAGUUAGAAUUUUUGUUUUGUUUUAUUAAGAAAAUAACAAGAAUGAAAUUGUGCAUCUUUAAAUAUUAGCAAUUUUUUUUUUAAAUGAAUUGUGAUGAUGUAAUAAAUACUUAAUAACAGAGGAAUGUUUGCAUUGCAAAUAAAAUGUUGCAUUAAUUAGCAUACUGUAUAAAAUGAAUGUGCUGUGUUUAAAAUAGUAUGGCACUACUGGAAAGAUAUUUGUAAAAAUACAUUUGAAUUUAUGUUUGCUGUAUCUUUUGUUUAGAACAUAAUAUUUUACAGAAUGCAUACGACCAACUUGUCAUGCCAAUGUUGCCGUUUUCCACUUCCUUUUUAGACUUGUACACUCUGGUCCUUCAAAAAGCUCUCAAAUGUAUGAUACAGAGUUGGCAUUUGCUCUACGUUCUGGCACUCAGAAAGGAGUAGAAACUCACCUUUUCAGUGUGGAAACGCAUCGCGAGUUGGCAGAAUGGACGCGGACACUAGUUGAUGGUUGUCACAGUGCAGCUGAGCUCAUACAAGAAGUGACCACAGGUAAUAGGCAGCUAACUGCUUUAACAUUGACAGAAACUGUGAAAAUAUAUCAAAACAUAAAUCUAGACUUGCUUCUAGCAAUAGACAUGGGUCUUGAUAGUAAUAGAGGCCUGGUUCUAGAAAGAUUCGCCUAGACAUGAGAAUAGAAUGAUUGAUAAAGAGAGAAAUGUAGUAAACUAUGGUUCUAGAAAUUAAUUUAAUGAGUGGUUUAAACCUAGAAAUGGAUCUAGGCAUGGAUGUAAAGAGAGUAAUUUAGCUAUGGAUAUAGAGAGACCAGUAUAGACAUGGGUUAAGAUAUGCAAAUAAUUCUACAGAUGAGACUAGAAAUACAGGUGGUUUGAAACACAGGCCUACGAGUAGAUCUAGAGAGUGUGAGGGCUAUAUACAUGAGUCUAGCAAUAAAUAUGGAUCUAGAGAGAUUUGUCUAGGCAUCAGUAUAGAGCGUGAUCUAAAGAGAAAGAAAUGGAUCAACAUUCAAUAUUUACAAAUGCAACUGGAGGCAUGUCUAGAAAAUAAACUAGAGGUUGAGUAUAAAAUUGGAUCUGAAGAUUUUCUAGAUAUGGGUCUAAGUGAUAUGGAGAUCCAGAAUUUGAUCUAGACACGGAAGCCAUGCUAUGGGUUUACAGAUGGAUCUGCAAAUGUGUGUAAACAUAGAGGGACAUCUAAAAAUGGCUGUAUAAAUUGAUAUAGCAAGAAUUAGCUCUAGCGAUAGAUAUAGUUAUGAAUAAAAUAGAUCAACAAUGUUAAGAUACAAAACAAAAAAAAUAUUAAUUUAAGCAUACACAAUAAUCUAAAAAAUGCAUAUGCAGAAAAUAUAAAAGGAAACACUUAGAAAAAGUAGAGUCUCUUGAGGUUCUAUAAUGUAAGCCAACCAAAUAGAGACUGGUGACCAAAUCAUAGAAUACUCACCACAGAUGAGAAUUUUCUGAUUGCAGGCAGAGUUUAUCUAUGAAAAGAAUCAACAUUGUAUGGUGAGAUAAAGAAAUCACUUAAAAGAAUUAAACACUGCUGGAAAAUUAGAUCUCUGCAAAACUAAACAAAGCAAUCCUUAAUGUUCUCCUAGAUAUGGUCUAGAAAAGCAUCAAGACAUUGGCCUAAAGCAUAAUCUUGACUAAUUUCAAAGGAACAUGGUCUUGAGACUAGAAAAGGACUUGGGAGUGAAUCUAGUGAUAGCAAAGGUUGUAUGCAGUGGUCCAUACAUGAAUUUGGAGCUGGAGAUAGAGCUAGACAUGGGUCAACAAUUUCUGUUAGAUUUCUGGUAAUAGUCAUUUCCAGUUAUAUGCAGGAGCAGGUUCGAACCACUGAUCUAGGCUUUAGAAAAGGAAUUUAUACAGCGGUCUAGAGAAUUAUCCAAGGGUUUAUUUGAGUAUGAAGAAAACUCUAGACUUGAGUUUAUAUAUGGAUCUAGAGAGUACUCUAUACAUAUGUGAUCUAGAUAGACCUAUAGAUGAGCCUAACUGUACAUAGUGGUCUAGAGAGAGGGCUAUAUAUAGAGAACUAGUGCGGUUAAUCUAAACAAAAGUUUAGAUAUUCAUCUGGGAAUUUGUUUAUGUACAGAUAUAGAGGGGAUAUGGGGAAGAUAAAGGAGAAUCUUGUCAUGGGACUAGAGAUUAAAUCUCGAAAGGAGAUGAUCUAGAGAAAUUGAUUUAGCCAUGCAUCCAGAGAUAGGCAUUAAUCUAGACAUGGGUCUGGAGCAAUGAUUUGAAACCCACACCUUAAGACUCAUGGACAGUUUAGUAUUUAGUAUUUAUAGUAUUUUAGCAUAUCACAGUUCUUUUCCAUUUAGGAUAUUUGGUGCUCAUUGAGGAUUGGAUAGGGAACCAUUGGUCUAGAGAUCUAAAAUUGCAUAUAUAUAUCUAGAGGGAUGAAUGGGUGAAAUGGGUGAAAGGAUGUAUUUAGACCUGGGUAUAGAAAAGUGUUUACAAAGGGUUCUAGACAUGGGUCACUAGAAGUUUCUAAGUAGGGAUUCAAAGAGAAUUUAUACAUAAGUCUUUUAGAUAAAGGUCUUGACAUGAUCUAAAUAUAGAUGUAGACAAAGGCAUACGUUUAGCCUGGUCAUGGGUCUAGUUGGAUGUAAAAAGAGUUCUAAACAUGGAUCAAGUUAUAGAUAUUGAUCUAAAAAGGCAUCAAGAGAUGGACUCAGAGAUAGAGAAGUAAGUAGACAUUGCUUUAGGGAUUGAUAUAGACAUAAUGCAAGACAAUCAUUUAUAUAUGGGUCUAGAGAGAAGUAGGUCUGACUCUAGAGAUGUAUCAGAAAGUGAGAGAGAAUGAGGCAUGUGUCCAGGUUUGGAAAUAGACAAAGGCCGAGAGACGAUAAAUGAAUAGAUCUGCCCAUGAAGGUGUGGUUAGGGCUACAUAAACAAAGUGAUUUAACUAAUUGGCAACGAAUUUAGCAGUGAGACAGAAUGGGCAUCAUAUGUACAUUACAACCACUUUAUUAAGCUAAAGUUGUUAUGUUUGUUAGAGUGUCCCUUGAAAGAAAUACACACUAGUUGUGAAUUUCUAGACUAGCUUCACUGGAGUCAUAAACAUUGUAUGCUAGUGAUCUGCAUUUGUAUUUUAAUUUAUAUGACAUUUAUAUAUGACCCACACUACCUUCUAAUUCUUUUAGCAUGUACGUGGGGUGGGAAGGAGUGUGCUCUGUCCAUUCACAUUGAUCAUGGAUUCACCCUCUUCACGGAGGAGCCUGGUCUAAAUAGGAUUAUCCACCUCCAUAAGUCUUUUGAGAAGCUCCGAAUGUCUUCAGAUGAUGGAGCAAGGAUGUUAUAUCUGGAUUUUGGAAAUCCCGAAGGCGAACUUGUACGUAAAAAAGGCAAUAAUUCCAUCCAAAUCUCUCUACAUAACUAUGAUAAAUACAUAGAUAAUGUUUCUCACUAACAUGUCUCUCACUUUCCCACCAGAAACUGGAUCUUCACUCCUGUCCCAAAACCAUUGUCUUCAUCAUUCACUCGUUCUUAUCAGCCAAAGUGUCCCGUCUUGGCCUUCUAGCAUAAGCAAAGAGGCAUUGUGGACUUCUGCCAGCAAUCAUGCGGGUCCAUGGACUAACUCGCUACUGAGAUCAUGAAAACUACCAAAAGAGUCUGGGAAGUUCUCAAUAUCUUCAACUGAAUAUGUGUGCAUAUAUAUAUAUAUAUAUAUAUCCACAAACGAUGUAUGUAUGCCUUUGCCACAUAUAUGUAUAUUCACUCAAAUAUGUAUAGUAUACAUUUGAGUGUGUAUAUAUACACAGAAACACAUAUAUAUAUAUAUAUAUAUGUAGAUGCGUAAUGGUUUGAUAUACUACAUACAUAAACAAAGCACAUAUUGCAUAUUGCUCCAGAAAUCACUGUUUCAAUAAUGUGGGAAUGGAAGGGUUAAAGAACAUUAAAUACCGGUGCUAUUACAUCACUAGCAUUACUAAUCAAAAUACUUGUUAGCCACAUCACCGAGAACAAUUUCAACCAAUUCGCAAAGAUACAGCAUUCUGUUCUUUAAGUGUGAGUUGACAAAUGAGGUCUCUACAAUUUAAUGAAUUUGGGAUUUUUUUUUUAGAGUAUCACUAAUUAUUUUGCCCUAAAUGUUGCAACUCCGUCAUUGGUCCCUCACAGCUCACUAUUUCAUAAAUAUACCUUAAAGUGGUUUUUCUUUUCUGAAAUUGAAAAAAAAAGAUACAUUUAGUGUCUGUUAAGAAAUAUCGUGCCUUAUAUAUAUAUUUUUUAUAUUAACGAUUAAAUGCACAAUAUUAAAGAAGCACAUAAAUUAGUUAUUACAUACAGGAUAGAUAAGGAAAGAUAUUCUGUGCCUUCAAGUGACUGAUAUAGUAUCCACUGUCAAAUCAUUAAAAUACUUUGUAUGAAGCUAAACAAACAAAUUAUUAAAAUAUCUGCUUUACCGUUUUAAUCAGAUUUCUUGUGGCAGCUUUUGAUUUUAUAUAUUUUGUGCAUUUUGUUAAAUAAUUAUAUAUACAUAUACCAAGAUAUAAUAAUGAGAUGCAUUAGAAGCAGAUAUAAUUUUAUCACUGUUUAAGUGAAAAAUAUAUAUGAUUAAUUUAGGGAUUCUUUUAUUUUUUAAUCAGAGCACAAGAUUUUAUGUAAAGAUUACCGUUUCCAAUUUAUGAGCCCCAUACAGAGAAGCACACUAAGCACCAUAAUCACUGUAUCUCAUUGUAGUAACAUUAUAGUAACUGUAGUUACUACAGCCCCUUCCCUUGGCUGUGGUUUGACUAAUGUUGACCUCUACUUGAAUUGGGUUUUAGCCUCAGUUGUUGUCAAGGAUUGACACAAUGGAGAAGGGCAACACCCAAAGUUUCCUUGCACCAUAGCCACUUCAAGGAACUCUAGUGGUUAUUAUGGUUCUUAAAGUGCCAGUUUCACCAGAUUCCUUAUGAUGUGACAGCUUUCCAUUGGAAAACCAUGCCAACAAUGUGCUGCAAGAUGUGGGUUCAUACAAAUAGUAUUGCAUAUGAAAUUAAUGGAACAAUGGUGUUAGCCGUUCAGCCAAUUAGCUUGUCCUUUUGGGUUUGAUGAAGGAUUCAGUUGCUUGAGAUAUAUAUUCUCUUUUAACCAAGUUGAGUUUUUAUUUUGAAGGAGAACUCUAAACUAGUGUUUCCUAAACCAGUCCUCAAAACCCACCAACAAUCCAGGUUUUGUCAGUAUCUCCAUUGGAAUAAAAUAGGGAAAUACAUAAAUCCUGAACUGUUGGUGGGCCAUGAGGACUGGUUUUGGAACCACUGCUAAACACCUAUAGCUUACUAUAGUUUGACACAAAACAGAGCUUACCUGAUAUCCAAAGCAUGUCCCUCUACAGCCUGAAUUAUGUAUACAAAUCUGUCUAAAUGUGGAUGAACAUUCUAAGUCAAGCCACCUCUGACACUGAAACUUAUCAUUUCAAUCAACAUUACUUGAACUGUGCAUUUGCAAAUUGCUUUUAUGAGCAAGAUUUUUUAAAUUUUAUUUUAUUUUUGUUAUUUAACACAAAUAUUGUGAAUAUUGAGUUUUUUAAAGUGUGUCUUUUAAUUUGAACCAGAGCAGGGAUAGGUUUAAUACUACACACACAAUAUAUAUCCCUUUUCAUAGUGUCUAUAGAGGAUGGAACUUGUUUUUUGUGUAACAAAUAGUCCAUCCACCGCCUCUUUUAGUUUUGCCAAUAUUUAAAAGGUUAUUCACUAAAGUGAGACUUGCUGGGAAUUCAGGUAUCAAUUCUGUGGCCUUAAAUUUGAUAUUCUCUUUGAAUUUCAGGAACUUUGUAUGUUAGUUGAUAACCAUGUAAGAUAAUCCUGCACCACUAAGGCACUGAUUUUCCAUGACACUCUCUAAAUUAACUCAUACACAUUAUCAGUAUUUUAGAAGUGCCUUGUCUGUAAGCCUGACUUAAAGGGAAUCUAAACACCAUAUCAGUACAUAUUUUUUAGUGGUUCUGGUGCAUGGAGAAGGUGCAGUACAUUCCAUUUUUGACAAACCAUUUGAGCUCUAAAACCAGAAGCUUACCCCUGUGGGCUGUGAGUGUUGGGCUACGCUGCCCCCAGUGGUUACAGUCAUCUAUUGCCAUUACUUUGGUGGAAGUGGAUAGGUUCUGAGUGACAGGAGAGCCCUGGGUAUCAGGAGAGCCCUGGGAAUCAGGAGAGCCCUGGUUUGUGUCAAACUUGUCUAAACAAUGUUACAAAAACUGGAGAGACUAGAUACAAAGACUCCUUUCACUAUAACUACUAUAAUAAACUGCAAUGGUUGUGAUAUUUAUGAGUGUACCUUAACUCUACUGCCCCCUAACUGUUGGGUACAGAUGGCAAUACCCUCAGUCAGUAUAAAGUAGGUAACAUGACCUGUUAAUAUAGAGCAGCGGUUGAGUUUAAAACGUGUUACGGGAGGUGAAACAAAUUCAGUUUUUCAGCGAGGAGGCAGAUUUGGAACAAGACAAAAACAAGUUUUAAUUUAGCUCAUUAAAGAGUAAUUAAUUGAAUUUCCUCACCAAUGUCAUAUCAAAACAUCUGAUUAAAUAACCACACAAUAUUUUAACUAUUUUUAUUAAGUUUGUUACAGCAACUGUCUGCCAAAUAAUAAAAUUAUUAAGAAGAAA